AUGCCUAACGGAGACGGUGAGCGGAGUCGACAACAGCGGGGCCCCAAGCUGAGUGCGGGUUACUGGGGCCCCUCCAACCCCCCAAUGCAGACAGUCGAGGAAGAUACGCAGUGCACCAUUUAUGCCCCAGUAUACACCAACCCGGUUGUAGCCUCGUCUACAUCAAUGCGACCGCCCCUAGCCCGACGUUCUUCUUCCCUGGUCCUCCUGGAUCCACCACGGCGACUGAGGGGCGCCGAGGAGCAACCACUUAUUCUCAGCUGUGAUAAUUAUCCCCCUUCCACAUUCACGGCCAUGGACGCUAGCAUGAAGGACGGGGCGUGGUGUUCCAUCCCCUACGGACGCAGCAGGGUCAUCUCCCGCAUCCUAGAUGCCCAGACUACAAACGUUUUGCAACCUAUGAUGGAGUCUAUGGGACCCGUGCCCAGGCGGCUCUCGGUCUCCCGUGACCAGUCGGUCUCCUUAGUAUGCGGGGGAGAGGGAGAACUGGAAGUGGAUGCUGUUCCAAGUCUGACAUCUGAAGACAGUCACCUGAAUGACGAAGGGGAGGGAGAUGGAGAAAAGGGGCUGAACAGAGCAGCGCAGGGAGUGAACGCUGAGGCAAAACAGGAAUUGCGGUUGGAGCAACGCACCUCCGUGUUGAUGGCCGCUUGGAACGUCUUUAAUCUCAUUGUGGGUGUCGGUAUAAUGGGUCUACCCUAUGCAUGUGCCGGUGCUGGAUGGUACUCCAUUCCGAUGAUUGUUCUCAUCGGCGCCGUCUGCUGCUAUGCGGGUCAGCUGGUUGGCGAAUGUCUGUACAGUCACCGACCAAAAGCUGGGUAAGUUGGGAGCACACACCGCUGCUUUACGCAUUUUCUACCUGCUAGCACUAAUUGGGAAACAUUUGUCAAUGCCCACGGGAAUAGUGAAAACCACCCCAGGUACAGAAAGGCUAAUUGCAUUUUACUGAUUCACUGCGUUGUGGGUACAAUACAGACAAAGUGGAGGUUUCGGGAGUUUAAAAUUACGAGCAGUCAACGGAGUUUUAUUUCAAAUUUUAAUUUAGUGGCCAUUAAGGCGUUGGACAGAAUACAAGUCCCAGAUCAGUGAGAGACGCUGUAAAUCACGUGGAAGGCGAAAGUCACUUAGUUUGGACAAUUUGACAUCGGCCUUCUCAGUCAGUUCGAUCGUCGCGAACGAUGAUAUCUACAGUGUGCUCCACGGCUAGGUGGGCGCAUAGACAGUGACUUGCGCCUGGAUCAGUUUAUAUCGAUAGCGAAAUUACUCAGCAUUUAUCGCACUCUCCCAUCUCACCCACCCGAACCGGUAGCUAGACAGAGUCAGAAGGACCGGGGGCGGGCUCGAGCGAAGCAGUUUAUUCAUAGAUGUUUGGGCAGAUUUUGAAUAAUUCAUAUUGACCCAACUGUGAAAAACUCGGCGCCUCGUUGGGAUUCGAACCCACGCAGUAAGGGGAAGGCUUUAAGACGGCCAACGCUCUAACCACUUGAGCUACGAGGCCCCCCCGGACGAUGCGAAAAUAGAUGUAUGCAUUUCAUUUCUUCGCAUUAUAAGCAUGCGAAUUAAAUUAUAAGUCGGAAUUGCAAAGCUUAAAGCGGGUCAUUAAGUUUGAUAGGUUCUUUCCAAAGAAUUCUGCUGCAAAGCUCCAUCUAGGGCAGGUAUAUGUAGACGUUAACAUCGUAUUUUGUCAUUUUUAUUUAAAAGUCUCACGUGCAAAAAACUGUGCGCUUAUGUUCGCUUAACGCACAUCUUACAAUAAUUAGUAAGUGCUUGCUAGUGAGCUUUUAAGCUUAUAUCACAACGCCUACUUAUAGUAAGGACUACAAAUCCAGGCUCAGGCAAUUUUAAUGACAAAGUGGGAGAGUCUGUCUGGUUGAAAAUUAAGGCUUCCAGUGUCUAGUCAGUUUAAACCGACGCCUCAGUCAUUAUAUGGCAUAAGAAAAUUUCCAAAAGCGUAACAUUCGAGGAGGAAUCUUAGGCCCCAGACGUGUGACUUUUUUAAAAAUUUUCGGGUUUAAGGGAAAUCAAGUCAUUUUUUGGACGCAUUUCACCCAAGCCAUGUUUUUAAAAGUUUUCCGUAUUUAAAAAUUGGGGAGGUAAACUUUAGGCACAGUAGUUUGUCUCAACUGUCCCAAGCAGCCUAAAACACUCGAGGGAAGUUAGAUGACGCAAAAAGCCGGACAGCCCGUAUACGCGUGUCACACACCACCCGGUCCGUGCACAAUGAAUCAGGUUUUUACAGAAACAAGAAAAGGCGUUAAGGAUCUCAUUUGAGUGGGAGUGUCAUAGAGCCUGCAUUCGAAGUAGUAUGAGAAGGGAAGAGUUAUCUCGUUAGUUGACAGUCUUCGAAGGCAUGACUUUCAACGCGUCGUGAUAGUUUUAAUGGGCGUCAGAUUGUUUAUACUGAAGAAUGCGCUAAGAGACCGGGAGAAAGGAGAUACUAGAAUCGGACUCACUCCCACUUUCCUGUCCCAUGCGUUAAAACGCUGUACAAGUCGGUCAGCCAUCUGAUGCUGAAGGUGGGGGCAGGUGAUGAGCGCGGCAAGAAUCCACGCCUAGGCUUGCCGCCACACCCCAUGUACGGCAUUUGUUGUGGGAUGCGCGCACCCUGCGCUGUCGGGUUAAUGCACGCCAUGGCCUCGUGUUGGUUCACCGUACUUCCCGCAUAGUUAACCGUAGCGGAUGAAUUCUUUUAGCAGAGGAAGGGAGAACAGCCGUUUUGGAAGCCCAAAAGUUGCGGUUUUAAAGUGUAAACACGGAUUUCUGAUCCUAACCGACUUUAAUAAAUUACGUUCAAGGAGCCUGUGAAAUAAGAACUCUCAGGAAUGGAGAAGGCUACUCGAUUUUUAAAAUUUUAAAUAGAGCAAAAAAUAGGGUGGGGGCUGUGCUGUUACGUUUUUCAGUUGUUGCUUUAUUAAAUGCAAGUGAAAGAAAACGAAAAUAUCCGAUUUUAAAAGGAAAACCAAACAGACCACAUACAACUUUCCGCGACCUUCCGCUCUCACCUCGCAGGAAUUUUGAAACCAACUUUUAUCGGUUUUCCAAUCACCGACAUGUUUGACUGUAUAGCAUUACCGACAAAGACAGUAGAGACUGGAGCGGCAACUUCUAACUUAUUAGCCGUCGUCAGCCAGCCAUGCCCAACGCUGAAAUGUGGGAACACUGGGAUUGUGCCUCUGGUGUUCCACACUUCGGGAUUGGGUAUGACUGGCUGACGACGGUUAAUAAGCCAAAAUGGCCAUUCCAUUCUCCUUUGUCUUUGUCGGUAUUUGUAUUCUGCCUAUAUCACGCGCCGCUGUGCGGCUGCUGGAUGGGCUCGAGAGAGAGAGCCCUAAGGCACAAUUGAACGAGUAAGUUCCGCGAAAGCAAUCGGUAAACGUCCCCCUCUACCAGUGUUUGACUUUGCCCGUUCCCAUAUAUGGUGAGUGACAGAUUUCACGAAAUUUUGGCCGAAAUUCUGGAAUGCGUUUUCGAUUAGUAAGGAUUACUUAGGGACGGUUGUAAUAUUGAUUAUCUUGCGGCUUAAUCCUAUACUUUUUCGGACUUACCGGGAUGUCGGCUUUUAAGUGCACUUCUUUUCGAUCUCCUGUAGAAACCGCACCUGGUAGAAAAUGACCACUUAAGUAGCAUGUAUUUUUCUCAUUGAUUUUCGAUGGUCUUGAAAAUUCAAAUAUAUUUUAUGGAAGCCAGGGACAAGAAUAUGCUUUCUUUCAGUCGAUUGAGAGAGAAUCACGCCAUAUUUAUAUUUUAUACUCAAAGAAUGAGUAUAAUUAAGAUUCAAAAAGUUUCUAAUUAUAAAAUUUUUAAAACUGCGUAAUGUCCUUUCAUAUAGCACCGUACCAGUUCGUUUACCACUGCUCCUCAUGAAAUGGGUUAGAUCGCAGUUGAUAGCCAGGAAUAUAGAGGUGGAAAGCCAGGUUCCUGUCCUACGGUAAUAGUGGGAAAGGGGGUUAUAUGGGUGGAGUAAAUGGAAGGGCUGGUAAAGGAAUGCUGGUGUUUAUGGGUAAAAGUAAAGUUACCAGGGAAAGUGCUGGGAAGUCUUAAGUAGGCGGAAUAAUGACAGAAAUUUAGACCUACGUUUAAUCCUAAAAUCCAACCCUGACCGCAACCGUAAAGCCUAACACUAGGCCUCAAAAUCGAAACGUAACGAAAAUCCUAAACCCCUCGCUAAUCCAAAACCUAGCCAUAACCCUAACCCUAAUCUUAACCCUAACCCUAACCUUAAGCCUAACUCUAACAAUAGCCUUAGGCCUGACCCUAACCUUAACCUUAAUCGUAACCCUAACGGGAACCUAAACCCUAACACUGAAACCUGACCCUAAAACGCAAACCCUAAUCCUAAAACUUAACCUACGCCUACGCCUAACCCUCACUAAACCAAACAGCCUGACCGAAAGGGGCAACCUGCCUAACCCAGUAAGAGCACACCUAGUGAUAACAAGUUCCGUAGACAAGGUAAACACGCCUACUGAUAACAAGUACGUACGUCGACAGUAUCACCGUAUGAUGUCUGGUUACCAACUGCGACCUUACUAUGAAAUGUGCAACAUAGUCCGCACCUAUUGCAAAAUUUUAUGGAUUCUAUAUGAUAUCUUUUUAAAGGAAAAGAGAGCGCGGUAGAUGUUUUGCAAGUCUACAAUCACUAUAACUCAGGCACAGCCACUGUCCCCGCACUCACCUUGCCGCGCGGCACCCGAUGGAUACGACCACUUGCGAUGUGCGAAUUGUCCAGGUAGUUGACAGUGGGAAUUGCUCCUAAAAUUAUACGGACCACACGGGCUAACUUGGCCUCAAGAAUGUAGAAGAAUAAGAUGGCAGUGGGACGUUGUGAUCAGCUUUCGUAUGCCACCCAUCGCACGACGGACACAGCCACGCCUCUGACUCCAAUGAGACACGGGUAAUAGUUAUUGGACGCAUAUAAACAGGCAGGGAGGUAGAAAGUAGUGACAUUCAGGCGCCAACACAGCAGUUGUCGUGUUACUCUAUCCUCAGCUUGUUAGGUUUUCAAAUACCACAUCAAAGAUGACAGAUUAGAACUGCACUGAGCCGGAGGACCUUCCGCUUAGACGUUGAUUUACUUAUUCCUACCCGAAGCAAGCACAUCGAAGCUGGAGGUGCUGCAAAAACAGUUCCCCAGAUAUUAACCCAAAUAUUAGGCGGAACAUUUAAAAAGUACAUAGUACACUACCACCCUCAGCACUUUCGAGCCGCGCCGGUUAUAGUGAUAACGCGACCUGUUAACUUUAAGGGCAAGGACAGGUAGAUGUCAGAUUGUUCGGUGGACCAUCAACUGGCACACCAGCUCAAACAUUGCCGCCUCCAGCAUUGACUGACCGGUGGUUAGAUGUGGUCCACUCAAAACAAAUAGACUGCAAACUAGCAAAAAGUGCGUCACCUGACAGUGAAUUCGAGCAUAAGUUCGAACCUUUAGAAGGAUGUGCCUUCCCUUCCAAAGACCGGGCUUCCUUCUUCUCUUGAAAUUCAUACCGUCAGACGUUUGCGAAUAGUACCAGUGGAGAAUGUACAUUCAAGGCAACGCCUUGUGGCAGGUAAAAGUGCGUUCCGAAUUGAAUCUCCGCUUUGAAGUAUUAAUCAGGAAGUAGUACUCACUAGACGCAUCAUGACAUUACUCAGUUUCAUUACUCGGUCUCAGUUUAAAUGUAAAUAUAGUUUUCAGCAUGAACUUCGUCGAGGUAGACAGAAACCGAGAACUUUGUCCGUGAACUGCUGGAUGUCGUUUCUGAUGUUUUGAGGGCUAGAUGGCUUCCAGAUUAACCCAAACAAGACAAGUGGGACUGCAACGAUAUUUUUGAAUUUAUCAGCGUUCGCGGCUGGGAAUUAUGACAGACUUUGGUAUAGAAUUGUGCAAUGAUUUACCGUACUAACAACACAGGUAUUAGCUAAAAGCCCAGACACGCGUGUUUCGCCGAUCUUAUGCCGCUGCCUGACGCAGCUGCUAGGGGUUCGGCUCGUCAGUGGAUCUCCCAGCUUCCCCCGUGCGUUUUCCGGUAUAUUAACUCCAGUUUCAACUUGCCUUGUUUAAUUUCCGAGGAAAUUAAUACGUGAAAGAGUGACUUCAAGUUCGCGCAUUAAUUUCCUAGGAAAUUAAACAAGGCAAGACUUUGGUAUGAUUCGUUUAACAAAGAGGAGAUUUGUAUAUUGGAUUGCAGCUAAAUCCCGGCCGGGUUUGACAGAAUACCAGUCCGGCAUUGUGGCAACGGGUAAAGCCAAACACUGGCCGAAGGAUACUUCAAAAUCCUUAAGGAAAAUCACAUCAGAAGGGCUUAGUUGCCUGGAAAAUAUCCGGAGAUUCAGAAUUGUAGGAUAUGGCAAAUGUCGGUUAUUGGAGUGCCCAGACAAUCUGUCGCUGGUUGUCGAGACCAAGCGCAGCUCAGGUGUUGGCAUGAUUAGUGUUUACGAGCUCAAAGUAGUUAAAUGAGUAAUUGCGAAAAGCGGUCAUUAAGUAAAACCGAGCCGACGAGAAGGUAUCGAAUGUGCUAAUGGCCGAAUUAAAGCGGCUGAAACAACUGAGAUUGUGAGAGUUAAUGAGAGCACAUGUGAAGCGGUUGACUUGCUUUCGGUAAAACGACCUAAAUGGCUGGAGAAGCUGGUUUUUAUGCAUAUCUGCUAGAGUAUUACGGGCUGGACUGCAUUAAACGUCAGGAGGCGCUGCGCAUGAGUUUGCAUAACGGAAUUCUUAUUAAUUAAAAGAAGUUGCACACCUAGGCCCAGGCUCAAGCCGCGCUAGUUACAUGCGCCAAUCCCCUCAAUCAGAUGGCUGGCCAGCUCUGAGCGUGGACGGGUGCUUGGGAAUGGGAAAAGAGAGCGAGAGAGGGAGAGUAAGGUUGAUUUUAGGGACGUCGUCCCCACGGCGCUCAACGUAAAUUCCUCACUGUAAGCAAUCUAAUGCGCCAUUUAGCCAUCACGGUGCGCUUAAAGCCGUGACUUGGAAAACUGGUAACCGGCGGAAUAACUGGGUCCUCCUCUCGGGAAGAGGAACCAAACUGUAAGGGCUCCCUCCUAAGCUAAUUUCUAUAGCACUCCCACUCAGUUAGGAUCUGAGCCGCCCCGCUUUUUGUGUGAAACUCUGGGCCAUCGUGUGCGGACUAUGCCUGUGGGACACACGUUAACUGUCUGUUUAGCUUUAUCAAUCACUGGGCCCGAUUCCGUCCCCCUGGUCUUCUUGACUCUGUCUUGACAUCGGGGACAGGGGAGUGAGGGAGGAGAGAGUGCGGUAGAUGCUGAGUAAGUCCGCUAUGACUAUGAACCGAUUCACGUGCAAGUCACUGUCCCUGCGCCCACCAUGUUCUGGAGCACAUGAUGGACAUCGUCCUUUUCGAUGGUCAAACAGAUGAGCAAUGCCACAAUGGGUGGCAGUAUGUCGUGUGAUGGCCAUAUAACAGUAGUGUGAGCCUAGAUCUGGGCGUCCGCACGGCUUGUCUGGACUGUAGAAGAGAAAUGAACAACACCACAAUCUCUGGUUGACUUCCAGCGGAUAUUUGCUCAAAAGUUCAUCCGACACCGGAAGGUCUAUGGUUUUUGCCGGAAAAUUCCGUAUGUGAUAGCAAGAUUUAGAAUAUGAGAGUGACAUCAACAAUCAUGGUAUUCGCUGAAAGUCGGACAACGUCUAAGUGUGGUUUCACUCUUAAGCUUAGAAAACUGGUUUGGUCUGGUAUGCAGACGAAUUUGAGCGCUAAAUGUUUUAAUUCAGAUGGAGGAAUGGACAGUUUUUCGCUCAAAUCUCUUCCUAAGAAUGGAACUUUAUUUGAAAAAUUUCACUUAUCCCCAUUCUCUCGCCAGCUUCCACUCGGACCACAUUCAUCUCAAAAGAUGAUGGCAAAAUUGUAUUUCUAAUAUUGAUGUAUUAGUACAAAUGCCCUUCAUAUAUGAAUACAUUCACAAACAUUUUAUUUUUCGUGGAUAGAGCCUAAGUAUUUUUAAAUGGUGUGGGGAUGUUUUCCAUGGUUUUAAAAAUUAAUGAAACCAGAAUUAUCGUCUUAUUUCUUAAUUUCCCUGCAAGAUGGAGGCGCAGGUAAGCGCUUAAACUUGAAAAAACAUGGAGACAUCUUUUCAGUCAGAUAAGAUUUUCCAACCCGAACCAAACCUUCAGUAAAAAUCGCAUGCAUUAUUUUUGGGUGCUUUAUGCUUAAAUUGACAUUUUCCAACCCGAUGUUAACGAAUAACUCUGAAAAAUUAAAGACCUAUUACACUUAACGGUUUGGUUAAGCUGAGAGUAAAAUUAGUGCUUACUGUUGUAAAGACCUCUCUAGAAAAAAUACUUGGUGCGUUGUCAUUUAAACCACCGUUAUCUGAGGUUCAGUUUUGCCCCUAAAUUAAAUGAUUUCAUUAAAUUAUCAUGAUUUGUAUGCAACAUUUGCUUAGAAAUUUUUUAAUGCAAACAUGCAAACUCUCAAACUGCAUCCUAGUGAUCUAUAAAAAGGGUGUAGGAACAUGGAUCUGAUGUUGAGUAGUUGAAACAAACCCUGCCAAUUUUGUCCUCAAAAUGGUGAAAUUUGAGUGGUCGGAAAUCCAUAUAGUUAGAAAAGCGUAUCAGUUCAUUUGCCUAAGGGUAUACUUUGCCGAUUUUUAUUAUACAGUAGGUGUGCUAACUCACGAAAUGCUCAACCUGCGUUCCCCUAAGUCUUACAGCAGUGAAAACCAGCUGUUCUUAAAAAGAAGGCAUAGUUGGGGUUGUAAAUUAAUAUUUACCAACGUAAUUUUCGCUGGAAAAUAGAAUUUCAGAAAAGGGCUUUAUAUAAAUUACUAAAUAUGGCUAACUACAAAGGUACAUAUCGAAGGAAGACGUAUGACAUGGGAAAAAUAAUAAAAUAUAAUAACAAAUACAAGAGAUCAGUACUUCGUUGAUUGUUCAUUUGCAUUUAUCACGGCAGAAAGUCUUUCAGACAUGGAGAUAGCUUAGUUGUCUAUAGUGGAUUGUUCAAUGUGAUUUUCUAGCAGAAAAGCAAGUUUUUCAUACAUUGCGAGUUUCUUAGUCGCCUUAUAUCAAUGUCUUUUGAUAAGUACGAGACGAGUUUCGAUGAAAUUGAGAUCCGGGCUGUUGGCAGGGAUGCAAAUCGACUGGAGGCCACAGGCGGAGAGGCUGGCUGUUGUCUAAAAAGUCAGAUUACGGUUAAAAACGUUACUAGAUUCGUACUUCAUUAGAAGGAUGAACAGGAGCAUUGUUGUGUAAAAUUAUGGUAUUCGGUCGGCGUCGGUGGACCUCUUUGUCAUCAAGAACAGCUGUCACAAUGUUGACGAAUACCUUGCUGUUUAUGGUGCCCGUAGUCGACCGCCAGACUGGGCGUUGGCUAUAUUCAAGCCUUGCCUUGCUGUAGUUGGUUAUAAUCCCACAGACGCCGCCUAUUUUUUCACAAAUGGGAUAGAUGAAUUUUCCUUUUCUUUCCACUUCAUUCCGUACUGCUUUAUAGGUUGUGAGAGAACCUACACAUCUGCGAUAAUUACGACACUUUCCGUUGCAAAAUUAAGCUUUCGGAAAGCAUGUUCUUAUUUGAAAUCUGAUGUCAUAUUGAAAUACGUGCCAGUAACACAAGGAUGCUAAAUAUGGGAAAAAUCAGUCAUAAAUUAUUCUAAAAGUAGUUGACGUUACGGAGGAAUUGCCAGCUAAAUUUUAACUUCCUCAGCAGAAUCUGUAUUUUGACCUUUAUGAUGUAUACACUUUGCUGUAUUAUUUUGUUGAAUAUGUACAAUACUCCGCUUCAACAUGUAUUGAAAGAAAUCGACUACUAAACUCAAACCGUCGCGUAUUUUGUUUAAAAGCAUACAACCAGUUCGUUAUGUUGUUAUUUAUGUUGGAAUAAAUAACGGUACAUUCAGGAAAUCGGGAUGUUUUUAAAACACGUUUUGUCCUUACAACCACGGAAAUUGAAAUAAAAUACGUUGACAUUAGUGAUGGGAGUGGAACUUGUUUUUGUGUUGCUUCAUAGACAGUGACAUGCUGACCUUUCCACAGGGCCCUGUCUUACAUUCUCGGAAGUCAUAGUUAGGCUGGUGGCUAGGAGGUUUAAAGUUAGGACAACAGGAGAAUCGAAGUCUCCUAUAGUUUAUCGCAAGAACACGAGUAGUAAUGUGGGAAGGGGUUUUUACUUCCUUGUCCGAGCAGUUUUGUAUGCUAAAAAUGCACACUCAGUCAUUAUCUGUCUUGUGAAAGUGCCCAAAGGCGUUAUUUAAUAGUUUUUUGGAUAUGCACAAGAUGCUAACCGUAAUGCAGAAAAAGAGUAGUAUUUUCUCUCCUAGUAGUCAAUAUUUACCAAAUUAUCUUAUCCUGUAUUUCCUUUUUGUGCAUUCAAGUUUUUUAAGCACAUUUCUUUGCACGCGUUCAAUGGCGAUGUCAAGUUUAUUUAUGUUACCAGGCGUGAUACAUGUGUGUCCAGUAUUUACCCUAGCCAUUUACUUUGACUAAACUGGCAAAAACUCGUUUUGAGGUUCUCCGAAGAAACUGAGACCUUUGUUAAGUUUUGUGAUGUGUAUAUUGUCUGGAGGAGAAAUUACCUAAUUCAGUAACUGAGGAUGCCUAUGCUGACGGAAACCGUACUUUCCAAGUCAUCGGAAAAGUUCCGUUCCUUAAAUGAUAGUGACAUUUGUCGUGCGCAUUUUUUAUUGUUUUUGAUACCUGUUUAAAUGUUGUUUUAUAUUUUAGGAAUUACGUUCGAGAAAAUUGUUGUGUUUUUUAGCAGAAAAUCGCGUUUUUCAAAUUUCGGAUUCGAACGAAGUGUGCUUUUCUGUUGUAAAACUUUUUAACACCCCCUGCAUUGUUUCAAAACAAUCCUGCCAUUGCAUUGGUAAUCUAACUGCUAUAUAUGUUUACGCACAAGCAAACGUCUCUCUGGUCUAGUAGGAGGAGAUUGUUUGUUUCUCAGGAACUUUUGCGACAGGUCUAGAUUAUCUCGUAGACUUAAAACCGGUAAGAUAUCGGGUUACUGGAAUUUUCGUCCUAGCGUCACAAAGUUUCAUAAAACCAUAGAUGUUAAAAGGGAAAAGCUUGAACACAGGGUAUGGACCCUUCCGUACUAGAGACGGCGUUGUGUUAAAUUCCAGAGGGUUCAUAUUCCCAUGCCCGAACUUAACGCUAACCCAAACCCUAGCACUAACCCUAGUAAACUUAAAACCCCCGUGGAAUUUAGCGCAAGGCAACUCCUAAUACGACAGGGUUCCUAUUCUACGUCCUGCUAAGGCAAGUUCAUGUAGAAAGUAGCCCCCGAUAAAACAAGUGUACAAAAUGUAUUUUUCAUCAUUCCAAGCAAAUUAGCGAAAAAUCGACGGAACACGUGCACACUGCUCAAGUGGCCACUUUUAGUGGGUGCAUGAAACAGCAUGGAGUUAUGCUGCAUGCUAAUUGUCCCUGCAACUCUAUGUAAACCCCACUUUUGACUCAACUCAUUUUGGAGGAUGUUAGACAAUGUUUCACGAAUCGUGCCGCCUGCUAUACGUUACUUAAGUCGCCUUUUGAGUAGGAUCGGCAUGGCGGCCGAAAUUCUUGCCGAUAGACAGCCUAACAACCACAGUGCAUGGUUUUAUAUGCCGAUCUAACAGGUUCUCAAUUUGUGUCCAGUAGCACUUUUAGCUUAAAUGUCCAUCUGAGAAGUUCGGCUGAGGGUUCGGGUUUAAGCGUUCAUUAUGUUCACAAGCUGCUGAUCUCUUUGAAUGUUGAGCACUCUUCAACAAAAACUCCUUCGCAUCACCUUACGCAGUUUCACCAAUAAAAAAACGAUACUAUGUCAGUAUUAUUAUUCGUUGGAAGUGAGCGGGCAAUUUUAAGGGUCAAAACUUAUCAUUUUUACUUACUGUAAUAAAGAUGCUUAGUGCGCUAAUUUCCACGGAGAUCCGGGUUAGUGUUAAAGGCUAGCCUUACGGUUAAGGUUAUGACACAGGAAUAUUUGCCCUCCCUGAGGCCUCGCACAAAGCCACCUGUAUUACCGGAGGGGAUUACUAUUCCCGUGUCCUAACAUGAAGAAAUUUGAAUUAUACUUAAGUUUGAAAACACGCAGUUCUCUCCUAAAGAGUUACCUGUAGCAUUGCGGCGAAGUUUACGCCCAAUAUAUGGAAGUCACCUGAUAACGCCCUAAAACGUUUUUUUUGGGGACUAUGCUCAUUGAGGAGCCUUAAUUGAAAAUUCCUGUGCAGUAGUCGGCAGCCUUAAAUAUGAGCACCUGUGCUGUCAAGUGUGGUGUAUCAUGUAACCUGAUGGUGGUGAAUUGGAGUGUACGCUAGCGUAAGGGCUUGCAGCAUGAUCGUUCUAGAAGCUGAGGUUCCUGACAAUAGACAUAAAAGAAACGGUCUGCUCGACAGAGCAAUGUGAGCAUAAAAUAAAUAAAGUUAUCACUGAGCUGAAUGAGAGGGUGAUCUCGGCUGGUGACAGCCAACCACUUCACGUCCAUUCAGAGACCUUCACGGUUGAAAUGCCGAAUGACCUAUUGUAUCAAAAGCAAGGCGAGAACGACGGUCAGCCCACAACUUAACAUCCCACAGAGCUUGUGGAGUACUGCCCAGAACACUCCUUACCUUCAAAUAGACUAUGUCUGAGGGAAUCAAGAGCAUCCCGAUGGGUCUAUCAAUUUGCGGGCUUAUUGUUGAGGCGCUCGUCCAAAAUCCUGCAAGACAGAUGUCUGAGACGUACAAAUCCAAACGUUGAACGCUUACACUGACGACGUCUUUGGCAUGCGUAUACCGUCUCAUUUGUGUUCCAGCAGCUGCACAGUAUCGCAACUUAGCAUUUUGUGCGGACUGGUCGGUCUUCUAUGUACGGCGGUCACAGUUUGGCUGUUGGUUUGACGACAGACGAGCGCAUACAAGAGCGGAAGUCGGUCUCCCAUUUUCUCUUACAUCGAGAACUGUAGACCAUCCCCCGAUGAGUUUAUGGGUUCUUUACAGCAUUUAAUUUAGUCCCUAUCGGUACUGUCAAGGUUAUUAUUUAAAUUAUGUGGUUUCAUUUGCCUUACCUUGCUGAUCAAGGACGUUGUGAAUUAUACUGUAUUUGAAGGCCAUUAAGCUUAAUGUAAUAACAUAGGCAAUUCUUAAGUGAAGUAUCCGGUUGCAGAUCACGUGCAUAGUAAGGAAAUCGCGUAACUCACAAUCUUGCGGUUAUAGACAUGCCGAUACGGUGGUAGAGCAACGAAUACCUUUUUAUAAAUUCGGAGUUUCUGUACAUAAUUGUAUCUUUUUUAAUUCUCCUAUUUUCAUAUUCGUGAAGAAAAGUGUGGACGCAACCUUUCAUAGCACUCAUAAAAAAUGAAGAUGCAAAUGAGACACGACUACUUUCGCCCGGGCAGAUUCAUAUGUUUACUGGACGCCUCGGCCUUAAUUGACAUGAUUUCUUGUCAACUCCGUCGUGCUUUGGACUCUUUUCGGGGUACUACUGCACAACUCGGCGUCUCCAGUCCCAGAAGGACUCUGUUGCAACUUUCCUUGCUGAUUUCAGUGGUUGCCGAAUCAUAUGCUAACUGGGUGGAACGUUCACGUGCAGUCUUUGAAACGAGAACACCUGAGUGAUCAGCAUGCAGGGGGAAAGGCACAAGGCCAAUGCCUCACAAACCACCCGAUGCUAGCAGUAAUAAGACAUCAUAUUUAUUCAGCCUCCCUUAUUCGGCCAUAUGCUUUUCGGGUACAAGUAAACACAUGAUGCCUGCAAUAAGAAUUCAAAACCCAGUUCGAAAAUACUUGGAAAUUAUAGAAUAAGGGCCAUUGUUAUCCCAGAUUUGGCCACUCAGACCCGAGCUUACAAGAUAUACAGGACCAUGUAUACAUAUAUAGCCUAUUUGUAGAAUCCUACAAUUCAAAUAUCUCGGUUUUAAUGAAUGCAUAAAUAUUAAGACAUAUAACUGAGCUUUCUAAACCUUACGAGGUGGGUAAAAGGUCAUGUAGGGCUUGAAAUACUUUGUAGUAUCUGUGAUAGACUAUUAAAGAACUUCUCAGGCAAUCUCGCUGUCGACAAACAUAUACGAUUACACGCAAGCCUAUUUACCUACACGUCCAACGUAAGGUGAGGCCAUACGGCCGGGUCAGAGACACCGUAUAAAGUGGGUUUUAACCCUAUUUAUUCUUUGCCUGAAGGGGCAUGGCUACGUUGAUCUAAGAUACCGAUCAAAUAUGUUGACGCUUGCUAUGGUAUGAGUAGUAUGUAAUGUUAAAAAAAGUCCGAAUGACUUAGAAGCAGACAGAGGGGCAUGAAGAAACUCAUACGCACAAAAAUCUUUUUUUUCCCGUGAGACAAACUCUAGACGGCGGGUUGCAGUUUAAGCACCAGACGCUCUGCUUAAGGAGUUUUAACGGCCACGCCCAUUAGAUGCACGAAAUAAACGAUAUUCUAUGAUCGUGCGCCCAUUGCAGUCUACUAUCGCUUAGGCGGGGUUCUGGUUAGGUUUAAAUCAAAAAUCCAAUCUAAAAACACGUGUUAGUUGAAAAUGAGACAAACACAGUGAACGGGCAGUAGUUUGUAGAGUUGACAUACGAAUAAAGCCAUAUGGCCGCAAAGUGGUAUUUAACUGCAAGUGUUUCGCCUUUUUAUAGACGCUACUUUACGGUGCUAAUGUCUACUGCACACGCACCGAACACACUCUUUAUACACUAUGCCUUUCCAGUCAGAUCUGGGCCUCGCCGACCGGAGGAGCGGACUUCAUCCGUAAGCGCAACACCUACGCCUGCAUUGCAGCGGACGCGUUCCCUCAGGCCGGUCGCCUCCUCACCGGCGUCGUGGUGGGUCUCGAGCUCUUCGGGGCCAGCAUUCUCUACAUAAUUCUGCUGGGCACCUCCGUGCACGCCAUCGCCAUCUACGUUCAGCCGGAUCAGAACCUGGUGAGCAUUCCCGUCGGCAUCACCGUCUUCAGCUACCUCUGCCUGCCUCUACUCCUCUGGCCAAAUAUGCGUGUAGUCGCCUGGUCAAGUUUCAUUGCUGUCAUUGCUCUGAUGACCAGCAUCAUUGCCGUCCUGGUGGGCAGUGGUCUGCAGACCACCGAGGUGCCUGUGCACUGGGAUGCCCUGGUUCAGCCCAACACCGAAAUAAUACCCAUCAGCGUGGGUAUAAUCCUCUUCUCUUUUUGCGCCCACACCAUCCUGCCGGGCAUCGAGGGUAAUAUGCGUCAACCGGAAUACUUUUCGCGCAUGCUGAAUGUCACCUUCACCUGUGCGACUGUCAUUAAGGUCCUCUUCGGCGUCCUCUGUGUUCUGGCCUUUGGUCGUGGGGUGGAGCAGUCAGUGACGGAUAAUAUUGUCAACUUUCCGGCAGUCGCUAUCUUGGCGCACGUCUGUGUCAUGAUUAAUGUCUUCUUCUCCCUGCCCCUGGUCUUCCUUAUCCUCGGAGAACACAUAGACCUAUUCUUCAUGCAGAGGGUGGAUGUGAGAUGUUUCAAUCCCACCCGGUCCUGUGGGGCUUAUCGUAUUUGGAUUCUGGCCAGUCGAGGAGCCUUGCUGAGUCUGGGCAUCUUCUUGGCCGUGCAGGUCCCACACUUUGCUAUCAUUAUGGGUUUGGUGGGCUCGCUCACUGGAUCUCUUCUUUGUUUUAUCUUCCCCUGCCUCUUCAGUCUGAAACUGUUUUGGAAGGAGAUAAGCUGGUGCGGCCGUGCAGUACGAAUAAUGAUUUUGAUAUUUGGUGUAGUUGGUGGUGUAGUCGGAAUAAUAUAUUCGGCUUCAGAGUGCGUCUCGGUUUUUUCAGAAUGACCAGUUCUCCCCGAUAUCUCAUCAUCAUUACGUCAACUGUCCUCCACCUUCUGUGUAGUACCCCAUGAUCCUUAGUUCCGGAGAGGAAUGUGACCGAAACACUUGAGUUUUCGUGUAUGAUGGGGCGUUGUUUCGCCGUAACGCUUCCGGAAUUUGGCCAUUUCAUUUUUUACCUUUGCAAAUACAACUAUCUUUACUUACUAUGGUACAUUCUUCUUGAAAUCCGCGUUAAUCGUCGAGAAGAAGCAAUAGCUUCAAGGUUAUUUACGAGACGCCAAGCCCACCCCGUUGGAUUCAGGGUUUAUAAUCUAUCCCAAUCAAUUCAGUCACCAAAAAGAGGCAGACGACAAUGUCAUUAUUACGGUUGCAACAGGUAGCUUUGUGUUACCCGGUGGGAGAUAUGGCAAUUUCAUGUAUGAAGUGAAAAGUCACUUGGCGGGAACAGCCAACUUACACUUUGACGGGCGGUAAAUAUCGCCCAUAAGAUGUAAGCUAUUUUAUAUAUAAGUGACGAAAUCUUCAUACCACAUUCAAAACAGCUCGACGUUUUCAGUUUGCAGGAUUAAUGCACACAAAACGAACGAAUGAGCACUUCUCAAUUUACACGUUGUUGGAUUAAAUGAAUAGGCGAAAUCAUCCACGGAAGUCUCUUCUAAAACCUAGCCUUAUAACCAGUCUCAUCAUUACUUUGGCACAAUGUGAGAUGAGGGUGAAAACACAUUGUGGCUAUUCCUAGACAGACUUUACGAGUGCCCCUAACCCAUGAAAUCUAUUUUCUACCACGCGCAAAAAAAACAAAUUCGCGAUGGUAGGUGGGGAUGAACAAACGGAAAUUCCCAAUCAUCGAAGAUAUUUCGAAAUCCCGAGCCCAGGCAGAUACUGAAGAACGAAAUGAGAAGCCCGUUUUCCCAUGAAAUCUAGAGGGGAUCAUUAUCGUUCCUCCAGGCUACAUAGUGAUCAAUAAAGCUCAAGUCGGUCACACGCCCUAGCCUGGAUUCGGAACUAACUUAUCACAUGUUCACCACGUGGUUAUUAUGUUGUUUGAAGAUUUGCAUAAGCAGGAGAACAAAAAACAGUUUUGCUUGGCAAGAAAAUCAUAAUAAUGAAUAUAUUUUACGCAGAAAUCAAAAGUUUAGUGCGCUAAUGUGUAUUUGAACAUGAAAAUGAAUGCUGAAGUUUCAGUGCUCGGAAGCGACUGUCGAGUUUCACUAUUAUGAUAGGAAAUUUGGAUCCUAAUUCGAUAGGAAAACGUUACCUGCAGCAUUAAUUGGUUAACUAGUGACAGAAAACUUUAGUUAAAGCUACAAAAAUCCCAACAUCUAGAAAAGGUCUGCCGCCAGAAGGGAUUCGACUUCCGGUCUCCCGAAUCCACACCGGAUGGUCUACGAACAAAGUGUUGUCUAUCACGCCCACCGGCUCUGCCAGUCAGCUAUGUUGACUUUCUUUUCGACGAACCUAUCCUCCCACCUGCAUGGCUUCUCUGAUGGAACUGCAAGACGAACGCAAUGUAUGGAGGAGGCGAUUGUGCUUUAUAUUGCGUAGAAUAUAUCAUGUAGCACGUUGUUUCCUUUUAAAUCUUAGAAAAUUUUUGGGCCAGAUGUGGUUAUUUAACCCUACCUGCCACCUGUAAUACGGGAUCGGUGGUAAUAGGGGGUUUUUACAAGUGGGCGGGAGAAUGCACAGACGACGAAGUCAAACAGUUGUAUGCAAAGGAAAAGCUAUUGGGAAUGCGCGGUUGUACUUUGAGUGGUUAAGAAAUGGUUGUCCUAACCCUAACCCCUAACCCCAACCCCAACACUUUCAUGUCCAUCAGGUGGGGCUACAUAACUACAUCUUAAAGAUUUUAGUUUAAGCUUAUUAUGAGCAAAGAUGCAUCGCUGGAACUGCUAUUGCCUGGAAUUCACUCUGGGUUCAGUACCGGCUAAGUAACGACAAGCAAGUACUACGAAGUUUAUUACACACGGAAAACGUUAACUUAGAAGCGAACCUUUGUUUUAACCGACAUCCACUCUGUCUAAAUUAGGUACAGUAUUGAAACAUUUAUUGCAAAAUGGAAUUUAGCAUCUUUAUUUGAGGAGUUUUUGGCGGAUCUACUGUCUUAGGUAACGAAAGCCUGGUGCAACGUUUGACCUUUAACUCAGGACACAGACUAAAUUAUAGACCGGAUGCAGUUCGCUACACGUAAAGUCUGCGGUUAACGGCUUGCAAGACGGAGUUUCCUCCAAAAGCACCGCACGCACCUGCCCUUAUUAUAUUGGUAUUUCACUGUACCUGGUGAAGUUGGGCUUCUAAAACAUCUAUCAUUUACAUGGUAAACGCACUAAACCGCCUAUAUGCAGCAAUAAGUAGGCUGUUCUGGACAAAUGGGAUGGUUCAGGGAUUGGAACCAACAAAGUAUUGCCUCAGAUCCGACUAACCUGUACGCUGAAGUUGCUCUAAGGCGCUUCAAGAUGAUGCUAAGGCCACCUUGCGAGCUUUUUAUCAUUGCAAUCCAGCUUAUUUGGCCUACGCCAACGCUCUUAGAUUCGGAAUUAGAAAUAUUACCUACUGUAGAAAUGACUUGCUGGUUGGAACUGAGUGUCACAUUUUUGGCUCCUUCUUGAACCUUCUAUUAACUACGUGGUAUUCGGCAACACUUACGGCUUCCUUCAAAAUCAUGAUGAUAUUUUCGAGAGGUCUUGGCCGAAAAUCACUGAUAUCUUGAAGUGUUUUCUGCGAAUCUUCCGUCUGUAAAUUUGACAAUGGAAGAAAAGUAGAUAUUUUAAUCUCCUUAGAAAUUAAUGCGUUAAUUUGUAGCAAAUCAUUCAGAAUAAAGUUUUAUAGGAUCAAUCUGGAAAUUGAUGUGAAUAUUUGGGCUGAAAUACAUCGACUUAGGCAGAGUAACCGAGUUAUCUUAAAAAAAACUGUUAACCGAGGGGCGGAAGUGUACGCAUGUCGCAUGAUGUACCAUAAUGGCAGCACAGGUACUAUCCAAAAGCCUGAACACGUGAUUUGCCGAUAUUCUACAACUGUAUGAUACAGAUGCAGGGGUUUGGCUCAUCCCUGUAUCCCCCCGGAGUUCCUAUUGUGCUUUCUGGGCCUUUAGCUAGUACCUGUGCGUUAGCAUGACGAAUUAUGCGACGUGUGAAUACUGGCGUGGCAGUUCGACCUUCGUUUCCGACAAUGUCCACCGUGUGCUUUACAACAGGCUGGGAGUAGGGAAGAUGACUUGCGUGUAAAUUAGUUUAUCGUGAUAGUAGACUUGCGAAACAUCUACCGCACACCCUCCUUCUCCCUCACCUGGUCCCGAUGUGAUGGCAGAGUCAAGAAGAUGGGAGGUGGAAGAGGGCGUAAGUGGCUAGCUCGGCAAAAAACCCGCAACUUAGCGCAUGCCACUACAUCCAAUCAGAUAUUACCGAGUGGGAGUGCCAUAGAGGUCACAUUAAGGAGUAAUUGCUACCUGAUUCUCAGUCUUCCAGUCGACCACUCCACAUAAAUAUGCAUUGGGCUGACUGCGUGGUCUGUACUGAAGCGUUAAUGGGUUACCUUCCAAGUCAUGACUUUUAGCGUACUGUAAUAGUUUCAAGUGCGUCAGACUGUUUGUAAAAAGGAAUUAUGCGCUGAGCCAACCUUACUCGCUCUACCGCGUCCAUUGCACCAGUCGACCGUCCAGGUCAGUCAACCAACUGAUGUUGAGAUUGGAUGAGGUGACUGAUAGAGCCGAGAACAGUCCAUCUGAGCUUCUUACACACGCAACCUGAGCCUAAUAGGCAGGCACCGGGAUUUUGCACAAAAGAAGUGGACUGCUAAGGUCUCAUAAUUUAACGAGGGAGCCGCGUGGAGAAAGGAACCGAAGAACACAUGUCUCACUUACGUGGGAGGUGCCCGUCAUGUAGGAUGUUAAAGGUGUUCAUGUGUGGUACUGGGGCCAUGUCUGCAGCGAUUUAUGUAGGUUUACAUGGAGGCGCAUGUGUUCGAGUAGGCCCAUGCGAUAGCUAAAUAUGUAAGGCACCGCGAGCAGUUGAGUCGAUGGCAUUCGUCGCAUAUUGUUGCUAUAUGCAUUGGCCCGCCAGUCUCUGUGCCAUGAAUUCGCAAGUGACCGGCCAGGCCGAUGCGUGAUGCGAAUGUGCGGUGGCAACGUGGGCAGGGUAGGUUGGGGAAUGCUAAGUCGGUUGCCACUGUGGUGCUGCUAGUAGUGGUCGAGCCGGUGGAUAGGGGAGUUGGUAGAUGUACAAGAUAUGCUAGGCAUGUUGAUAUUGCGAUGAUUUCUCCUAUUUUGUAUGAGCCUAUAACCGAGUAGGACCAUGUGAUGAGCGAAUGUUUGUGGAUAAUGUGGGCAGCGAAGGUGAAUACAGUGAGUGUUUGUAGGAUCUUCUGGCACUGGUGGGCUGGUUGCAGUGAGGUUGAUUCGUGAGUGACCAGGCCGUGGCGCUAGGUGAGUAUGCGAUGGCAAUGAGAACGGAUUGAGAACGAGUCCACAUCGCUGAUGGUGGGGUUGGCGAUGUUGAAUGUGGUGGUUAACGGGGUGCCGGGAGUGUUCUUACCAGUUGCAGGAGUGAGAGAGGUGGCGGUUGAAAUUGUCGAGGAGGUUUUGGGAGAAAUAACGAAAAUGGCGGUGACCGGCGGCGGCGUGUCGUCGGAAUUGCGAGCACUGUUAGCGAGGAUGGUCGUCGUGGAUGCCGUGGGAGCUAGGGCAGUUGCGAAUGGGGAGGCAGCAGCUGGGGUUGUCGGGCUGUUGGUGCAUUUGGUCCAGAAAUGUUCGACGAGACCAAUCCACGCGGAAAGUUCGUUAGCGGAGUGAGCAUGCUGGAAGAGAUUAGGCGUUAACGUUGUGGAUCGGAGAGCCUAAAACUCGCAAGUGGCUUUUUUGCUUUGGGAGCAUCUAUACAGUUGGUUUCUAAGAUUGCUGCUUCAGUCUUCGCCGCUCUUCUCUAGACCAGUGUGUCCCGUGCGAGGGUUUCUUCAAUUACUGCUUCAGUCUUUACCGCUCUUUUCGAGACCAGUUAGUAUCGUACGAGGGUUUCCCAGGCCUUACGGUUGUUUCUCAAUCGUUUCAAGGGAUUCUUCAAGAUGUCCUCGUAGCGGCGAGUUGGAACUCUUGGUCGGUGAGCGCUCAUGACGAUAUCUCUAUAGAAGAGUAGUUUGGGUGGUCGCUCAUCGUCCAUUCUGACAAGGUGGCCGUUCCAUCGUAGUUGCAGUCGCUCCUGCGUUACACAGAUGCUAAGGAAUCCGCCCUGUUCCAAAACUGCUGUGUCCGGGAUCCUGUCCUGCCACGUCAGCUUUAAUAUCUGCCAGAGACAUCUGAGGUAGAAGCGAUUGGGUUUCCGCACUUGUUUUACUAGACUGUCCAGGUCACUGCGUCCUACAACAGUCCCGUCUGAGUGGCGACCUUGUAAAUCAUAAGUUUGGCGUUCUGAUGGUGACCUUGACAAUUCCAUACGAAGUUGUAUGGUCGACCGAAUGCCUGGCUGACUUUGGAGGACCAGUGGGUCUCUUCAUCGCUGAUUUCGAUGUUGCGGGAGAGUGUGCGCCUAAACAAGCGAGGGUGUCCGCGGUCUUCAUUUGGGUGUCGUUGACGUGGAUACGAGGUACAUCGUAUGACGCUUUAGGCGACGGUUGACGCAUGACCAUCGUUUUCUCCGUGCUUAUGCUCAGUCCGAAUUUGACGCGGCCUGAGACAGGGAGGUACAUGUCCCUCUGCAUCUCUGCUUCUGUCACGGUGUUGUGUGUAAUCAUACGCGAGGAGCAGAUCACGGAGAGACACUCUUCUACGUCUUAUCAACUAGUUCCUGUAACUCACACCCUCGUUUGUAUCAACAACUGACGCUUAAGUAACCAGCCUGGGUUGGAAGGGGUCGUUGUGACAACCUAAAUAAUCUUUCUGACUAUCCGUGAAACUAUAGAGAGCAAAUGCACUUCUGGAGGGAUCUUCCUCUGCCUGAUUGAAUUUGGCCACCUUUAAACUGUAAAUCAGUGCCACAAAAAGACAGCUGUCCGAGUAUUGUGAAUAUUACGUGGUUAUCCCUCUGAAGCGGAUGGACUUUGACUCCGAUAUACAUGCUGAAUUUUAGACCGAGCCUAUAAAACUUCAUUUUGAAUGAUUUAAUCCAAGCCAGCGUAUUAGUUUCCGAAGACGUUGAGAAACAGAAAUGUCAAAAUCGGAGAAUACUCCAGAAAGUACGCGAAGGACUCAGAGAAAUCAUUGAUGAGCAGAACUCCUGAAAGCUGUGUUGUGCAGCGUUAGAAUGUCGAUCAAACACGUGUCUGGACUUUGGGCUAGUAGCAUUGCUCCUAGUAAAGUUGACGUGCAAUAUGUAAAAUGCACCCAUCGAGCUUCAAUUAUAAAACAAGGUUAAAACGACUAGAGAUGGGCACGGGCGCAGAUGGCCGGACAUUCACUAGGUUUGCGUUUGCCGCACGCCUGUGCUCCGUUCCCCUCCAACACAUAUGAAUCAGACUUUGACUUAUGAAAUCGCACAUCGGUGGUUGACAUAGGACCGGAAGAUGAAGCAGUUAUUUUAACCUGAUCUCUAAUUCGGAGAACAGAGAUAUUCCAUAAACUGACAAUUUUUAAAACCACGAAGCUUAACGCGCGUGUUUAGCCCAAAGUCACACAGAGUUGGCCUCACUCUCCCAUUUUGCGUCGUAUAAAGUGAAGCGGUGAUGACAUCAGAGCCAAAGGCUGACGUGGAAUAGAGUCCGCGGUCCUCCAGUGCCACAUGCGAAACUGAGCCAAACAGUCAGGUGUGCUCCGUUUCUAUCUGGUAUCCAAGUAAGGAAAAUACACAUAUUCCCGUUUAAUUUUACCGGUUAUCCUUGUUAUGUGGUUAUAUUUAUAACCAAGGAAAAAAAGUGUAUGAGAGGUUAAAGCUUUAGCAAAUGGAUGUCAUCAUAAUAAAUACUUAAGGAAACGGAGAGCACGUGCAUUAGAGGAUUUUUAGUUGGAUACAUCCCAGUGCAUUGUUAGAAAAGCUACCCAUGCGGUCGUUCCGCGUUGGGCUGUGCGCCCAGUUCGAUUUAGUGUAUUUGAGGGGAAUAGGCCAACGUCAUUGAAUUUUCUAUUUGGCGCAUGCAAAUAGAAAGAAUUAGCAACAAUGCACAUAAAUUACUCUAUCACACAAUAACGUUUGCUUAAAGGUUGCAAAGUCAUGUAGUAGCUUGCUGCAUCAUCACGUGUUUUUCAAGACGAUGUCUGAAUGUCUCAACAGACGUGGACGUCAUGACCGCCUCGGGCGGGAUACUUCACGGUUCCACCACACGGUUUGUAGAAAGUGCGUUUCACAUCAAAUCUUCCGUGGGACAGGCAUAUUUUGAGUGGAUGCUCCCGAAGGUCGGUUGUAGUUGUGAGUUGGAAGCAGCUUCAAAAAUGGAGGGCACAGUCUACAUCACGUACGGUACGGAAGGUGUGUAUCAAGCUUUCGCGCAAUCGCUUGUAGCUCAGAGGAUAGUGAUUUAGGUUAUUUAGACGGCUCUUUUGUGGCGGUGCCCGUUGUACUCUUACCCAUUUUGUGACCCGUCUCAGCGCUCUUUUAGGUAGUUUAUAAACUUUAUGUGCCCAAGGUUUUCAGGCUUGGGCCAUGUAUUCAAGACGCAGCCUUAGAAAUAUACCAGAGGCUUUGGUGAAGCGGUCUCCAUCGAAAACUGUGGAUGUUCGCUUUAUCGUGUGCGGCAUUGCAGUUGCUGCCUUAACAUAUUUUAUGGCAGUUUAAAGAAGACCUUACAGUGUUUUUUAUUGAAAUGCGGAGGUAUUUUGUGUUUCGACUUCGUGAUGUGGUACCCCGUUUAGGUCAUAGGUGCGCGUAUUCGGAGCCUGGCUUCGAUAUCCGGGACACAACAUAAUACAUUCGUUUCAGCUGAGCAACAGAAGCCAUCAGCGGGACGACCCUCCGAGUUGACAGAGUUUCAUGGAGGACGCAUCGUCAGCGGCAGUGCGUAUAGAAUUCUUUGCGAAUCCGAGCGACACGUAUAAGGCAAAAACGGAUUUCGUGUAUAUACGGUACUAUUGGUAAAAUAUAGAUAAUAACGAAAAACGUACAAACCCCAACGGUGGAUACCCUAGCAGAAGAAUUCGUUUGUCACUGAUCGAACAAAUCGCAUUUCCAACUCAAGGUCCGAAAAUAAAACCAGUUAAUUAGGAGAACAUAGCCUAUGCCUGAAAGAGGGUUACAAAAGGGGAAGAGGGAAUGCCAACGGGGGGCCAGAUGGAUGACAAACCGGAUACAACGCAAGUCGCCAAUUUUCCACGCGAGAUAUAGUCUGGCUCUUGGGACUAACUUACGGCUUUGAAGGUAUACGGUUGAUCUGACCCUUAAAUAGAUAGUUCCUUCUAACAUCCUUUUUUAGGAGACAGCCCACAGUUCUAACGGGGCCAUCGAGACUCUUUUCGCACGAUUUACCACUCGUAAAGGCUAUUUCUCACGAGAUGUGCCUGACAACGGAGUUGUGAGGUAAGUGCCAGUGUCUCGCAACUGGAGACGUUUUGUUGUCGUCAACUCGCUCGAAGUAUCCCUUUUCCAUGUAUGGACGGAAUUUUGCUCAUAUUUCCAAAGCGAUUAGGGGUCUCGACCCAAUCUACUCUUGAGGUAGAUAACUCGUUUACGCGCCAACUGAAAAUUGUCUGGUAAAUUCAGCGUCCCGUUUCACCAAAGGGAGUGACAUUUGGUAAUGCCCUUUGAUGAGUGCAACGGAGGAUCGUACAAUAGCCAGUGCCCAUUUAUCUCUCAAUGAGUGACUCGCAGUCGUUGUUGAAGUGUCCGAAAACUCCGAGUCGUAUAGCCACUUAAUGUUGUGCGUCACCUCCUUUUCUGAAUUUACAAUAAAGUGGCGGACGGCGUUCUUUUUUUGGCUGCUACGCGAAGAUCCAAGCAGCAUCCAACCCAACGGUUUUUUCGAGGCGAACGGUUCCCUUUUGCCACCCAGACGUUGGUCAAGGUCGAGCCGCUGGUUUUAAAUUUGAAGAUAAAUGGAAGAUAUUAUUUUAAGUGGAUUUUCUGAAAGACCUAACGAUUUUAGCUCCUUUGUGGUCAAACUUCCUUAAAUACGGGCCUAUUCACUCAGAACUACCAGUUUCCGUUCCUUUUUUGAGUUCUGCUAGUCUGUGCCUGUUGAUCGCCCGCCGCAAUCUGCAAUUCGCAUUUUGUGCAUUCGAUUUCUCUCUAACUGUGCAUUUUAUUUUUACAUCGCUAGGCUCUAACUGAAAUUCAGCCACCUGGUCUUUCAGAAGUUUUCUUAAUUACAGCUUGCCUCGAGACAAGAUGAGAGUAAAAGUUACAUGUCGGCGAAAGCUCUCAGCGUCUGUGUGUUAGUAUGGCCUAACUAAAUCUAUGUCAGAAGAUAUUACUAGUCAGUCGUCGCCCGCUGUAACCGAUAGGCAGCCUAAUCUAUCAGCACUUUACAACUGCAUUGAUUUUAUGCUAAAUUUUGGCAGAUUGCUCUCAAGUUUUGGAAAAUUAUUCAACGGGCACAUCUCUGAUAUUCCCUCUCAAGAAUGUAGUCGUCUUGACUCACAUAUUCACCUGAUCUCCAGUGAAUCUAGGGAUAGACUAAAGCGUGCUUACAUCUUUUGUUGAAAGAUGUUCCUCAAUCUGCUCGGCCAGUUAAUGUUGCGAAUAAUUUCCUAUACUCCUGUGGUUUCAAGCAUGAAAUAGCCGAUGCAAAACGCUUGUCGUCCCUAGCAAAAAUUCAUUCGUCUUAGUUAAGUUAUUUUCACCAAUCGAGGUCCACUCAAUGUUUGCCAAUCGAGAUCGUGUCUCUGCGUACCUGGAAAAUGCAAAAUUUUUUCUUUAUCAUGAUCUUACUCCCAUGGGGUGUAGAAUCGGCUCUCUCUUCCCACGUAUAUCCACUGCUUCUCAAUCGAAUGUUCACCAACGCGGUCAUAAUACAAGUGGCCGUGGUGAUUCACCUGGUCCUACUCCUGCGGCAUAUGGCUCCUUCCUUCCCCCUAUUCCUACAUCUCCCUCUCACUCAGGCCACUUGACGCAUUCGCCUGCCCCUAUGUUAGCAGCAGCCCCAGUUUCCGUUCCUAAUCCUCCAGAUAGCCCCUUCCAUAGGACGCACGAAAAUCCGUUUACAUCAGAUGGACCGAUAAAUUCCCCAGUUCAAGAGGGUGCUUCAACUCCACAGUUAAGUCACAUGUGGCUCGGCGUCAAAACCGCGAAACUCCAAAACUUAAGCAGACUCCGACCCAAAAGAAAGGUAGAACAAUUCAAUUUAGGAGCACGCCACCUUCUCUUAGAUCUAGCAAGCCUUUACAGCCCAGCUUGUCUACAAACCCCGCAGCUCCAAUUAUAUCCCCAAAUAAUUCAUUGUCCUGCGUACCGAUUACUUACCAAAGCCCUACUACAUAUCUAGCAAACAAUUCAUACGUGAAUUGCCCUAAGUCAUUUAUCCCCAAACUAGUUUAGGCUUCCCACCACUUAAAGCCAACUGCUCUCAGGUAAAUCAACCUAAAUCCUUUGAUUUCCAACCUAGACCUGGUUUCCCACCCGUUUAUUCUUAUAGCUGCCUACCCCCCCACACCAGCAUCUACCUUCCUUCUAGGCUCCCUGCUCCUACUCCUUCUCCACAAUUUAACUACUAAAAAGCCUAUCCUUGUUCUAACUCCCCUAGCAUUCCAAUGCCCAAAAACUCUAUCCACACAUCCUUUAGGUCUCAUGUCCAGCCUUCCCUUGCUGACUCCAUGUACGUCAAUAGUUCUAGACUAACUGGUACUUAUUCACCAAGCACAAUUAACACAACCAACAUAUCCGCCUCCAAUUUUUUUUCUAAAUACUGUCGACAAUAGCCCUGCUGUUCGACACACAUUAGGUAUUAAAUUAGCGAAUGCAAGUCUGUUAUAAACAAGAUGGCCCAAAACAGAAAAAUUACUCUCAAAAUGACGCCCUAUAUUAGAUGUAUAACAGAAUCUUGGACCCAUUCUCUAACUCCUGACUCUGCCUUUAUAAUAGAUAACUUCGAUUUUACCGCCAAGACCGCACGACUAGGCGUGGAACGGUUGUCUUCUUCAGGUUAGAUCCUAUCUAAAGCAAUCUCCCUAUUACUUGAAUGUUUCCUCAUUCACGGGAAACUUCUGCUUUGCAUCUAUUAUUCUCUCACCGCGAAGAAAGGCAAUUAUUGACUGUUUGUACAAUCCCCAAACUCUCCAGCCAGUGAUGAUUCACAGCUCUGUGAAAUCUCUAAGUUAAUUUCGGAAGCUGCUUUCGAUGAUAAAUAAGCACCGGGGAUUUUAACCUUCCUGGAAUAGACCGGGUUUCCUAUAUCUGUCCACCUAGAUCCCCGCCCUUCAAAGAUAUUGUCAAUUUUUCUAGCCGGUCCUAACUGGUGCGCUCUCCAACAAGAGAUAAUCACAUUUUAGAUGUAAUCUUUACCGAUGACAUUGUCCCCCUUUUCGUUGCUUUCAAAAAGUACCUCUUUGAUAGUAACCACGUAUUAAUUUUAUUGCUGAUUACCGCUUUCUAUUUCAGAAAAGAUCAGUACAGUUCGGACUUACCUAGAUUACGACUGCGUUAAUAACGACUUAUUAAAUAACUAUACUAAACCAUUGAAUUGGUGUGGCUUUCUAUCCUGCGGCGAUGCAACCAUUCUUCGUGAUGUCAUGUCCAAUGUUUCCAAGAAUAUCCUAGAGUUUGUGCCGCGUAGAUAUCUCAAGCCUGGUUUUUUAGAUUCCCUUGUUCCUUACUUUCUUCGCAACAGACUAUAAAAGUUGAGAUGACAUCUGCGUGACCUAUCCACUAGUACUUUAUCCAUUCAUCUUAGAAUCACAAAAAUCUUUGAAGUGGUCUUAGAAUGCGCCAAGCAGGCGGCAGGCAAAUAGACUCACUUGUUCUCAGGGGUCCGAACCCUGGCAGAUCCGUUGCUAACAUUUUCCGUCAUCGGCUCUCCUCUAAGCGAGGUCACGAACUUCCACCCCUGCUAAACGGUAAAAAAUCUUCCUAAUUUAUGACACCGACAAGGCGGAUUUGUUUAUUGCUUCCUUUGCAAAACACCUUACUACUGAGUCCGAACCAGUCCUUUCCUUUAAUCCGCUUCCAGAUAAAACACUGAGUGUUCUUGAUGUCUCCUCAGAUCUCGUUAAGAAAAACAUAAGUCGUUUGAAAAACGCACACUGCUCAGGAACAGACGGGAUUCCGAAUUCGAUUAAUAAACAAACAUCUGACCUCCCCAUGUUUCUGAGUAAUUUAUUCUCGGUUUAUAUUUCAAAAGGAAUCCUUUCUGAAACAUAGAAGACAUUAAUUAUCAUUUCUGUCUUCAAGUUUGGAUCUCGGCCCGAUGUUAAUAACAAUCGGGACACGCACAAAACACCGUCUCUAGCAAAGCUUCUUGAAAGGAUGAUUUUCAAUGAAAUUCUUGCCUUUUGUCUAGCUAACCGGCUUCUGAGCUCUAAUCAGCAUGAAUUUUUACUUACACGAUCCUGCAAAACCUGCCACUUGGCAUUUCUUAAUCUAAUCACCUCUCUUCGUAAUGAGCAGCAGGCAGUGGUAGUAAGCUACCUUGGUUUUAGCAAAGCCUUUGACAAGAUGCUCCAUAAACAUCUUUUGGCAAAACCGAAAGUUAUCGACAUCAGGCCGACUCUACUCGACUUCAUCAGGUCCUAUCUGUCCAACCGAUAUCAGAAAGUCAUGGUUGGUAGCAGCUACGCGACACCUCGCUCGAUCACGAGUGGCGUAAUUCAAGGCACGGUUCUGGGUCCGCUACUCUUCCUUCUUUACAUCAAUGGUAUUUCAACUGAAAUCAGAAAUUCGCAAACUUUUAUUUAUGUCAAUGACCUCAAGUGUGUUUACUCAUAUUCUAAGGACACCGCAAAUGGUUGUGUUGAAAAAAAUUAAUGCUGAUUUACUACGCUUAAGCAGAUGGAGUUUUCAUCAUCCAAGUGUAUUUUCAUGUCUUUUGGUCCUGCCAAACUUCCUGGUCCCAUAAUUUUCCGGAAUAACCCACUCUCAGAAGGUUUCUUCCUCAAGGACCUAGGUUUAGGUUAUACAAAUUAAUGGGCUUUAUCACCUCAUGCAGAUAGAAUCUCUGCCAAAGCCGCGCAGAUAUGUGGAUUCAUAUCGCAUAAUUUUUUCCUUCCGGAAAUGAAGCUAAGACUUUAUCAAAUGUUUUUUCUUCCAGUUCUCGAACACCGCUGUCCUUUCUUCGGUUUAAUGAACGUCUGCGACUGUAAUAAAAUCGAAGAUGUUCAGAGAGUUUCACCCGGAAACUGUUCUCUCAAGCUUCGUCCGGUAUUUCUUAUACUCAGAGAUGUCAGCUGGCGAACAUUAAGUUUUGUGGGUUAGAAGACUCGAAGCUGACCUUUGCUUCCUUUUUCGCACCAACUCUACCUCCAAUCUUCCGCUCAUUGAAACUAUCACUCCGAGAGAUCGGUCUUAUGCCACGCGCAAUUCCUCCAUGGUGGUUCAGCCGCCUCUUGGUACUACAUCUAGGCGCUCCCUCUUCUUUGCUUUCAAAUAUGCCUUCGUUUGGAAUAAUCUUCCACCAGAAAUUAGGUCAUCACUUAACUUACUGCUAUUCAAGUCGAAAUUAUGCAAAAACCUUACACCGGAAAGCAUAAAGGCACUGUUAACAGUCUCAUUCCCGAACAUUCCCGAGAAGGGUCUUCCUGGGAUUUAGUGGUAGAUCAAGUGGUAUCCCUCAAUUAUGUCAUUAGAAGCCCUGUUUUGAAUUGGUUUUUAAAUCCACUGCUACCACUUUUCCCCCAUAGGGGCGAUUUUCGCGGUUCUUGAUGUCAUCUCCUCAUUUCGAUCUCAAGCGGUCUGUCGAAGCUCACGGCGGAACCAUCUGUAUUCGCCGUCUAAUAGUAGCUUGGUCGUACCUCCCUUGCCCAUUCCUCGGCUGGGUUCGAAGAGGACUAUGACGGAUCGCGUCCGGAUUCCUCUCAUCUCGCCACUUUGACGCGAAUGGUUCCAAUUCAAUUCCGCCCUGGCGACGUCCGUUUUGAAUCCCUUAUAAAAUGCUACAUGCAGGCCAGCCCUGGCUGACCCGAAUAUGCACCCCUCAAGGCUGACAAUUAUUUCUAUCCUGACGACGUCCGAUUUUAAUCAAGGCUGACAGUUAUUCCUGCCUUGACGAUUUCUGAUUAUCAUCCGUCAUAUACCGCCACAUGCAGGCCAGUCCUGCCCGUAUUUUUCUGUCAUUAUUUUUUACUGAGUGUUUUUUUCUCCUGUAAAAUAAUCCAAUUAUUUUUAACUUUUUUAUUGGAGUUUUUUUCACCUCUCGCAUGUCAUUUUUUUCAACGGACCACUAAUUCAGAAACUUUGAAUUGCAUUUCGUACAGAUUCUGCCUACCUCGUCUAAAAUUCCAUGUAAAUUUAUUUUUACUUGCUUUGAUGGGACCCCGAAGGGUCUUAAAUAAAAAAUUAGUAUUAUUAUUAAUUGGUCAACUCGUCUGCCAGAUACGAUAGUAUAUUAGACUUAUAGUCUCAAUUAUAACGGCAUUCUCCAUUUAUUUAUGAAUUUCCACCGCGAUCUUUUUACAAGUGAUUAUGUUGCUUUCUUCCAACUUCCCUUUCUGAAAUCAAUGGUGAAACAUAAAUAUUUAGUCCUUUUAACUGUCAAAAAGGACUUAGUAAAUCACUUUGCAUGCCCUCGAAAUUGGUUCAAUAUUUCUUUCAAAUAAUGGUCCAAGCUUAUUUCAUGAUAUGUCGCGGUGGGUAGCAAAAGAUCACGAUUUCAUUCCACUGAAGAUGCUUGAAUCGAAUGUUGUUUCCCCCACUAUCCCAUAUGGUCUUAGAAACAGAAAUAACGUUACGAAAGCAGCUUAAUAGUCUUCGCCUAAGCUCAUUAUCGGUUCAAGUAGAAAUCGCAGGAAUAUUUGGAUUAUCUUCGCAAAUGAGGCACAUGCGAGAGAGGCGCAGGGAAUAUUUCGCUGCUAGUGAUGCAAAUACUUCCCAAUCCACUGCUCCGGUUUUCCGACUAAUAUCGUCUGCUAUGUCCCAUCAAGCCAUUUCAUCUUCGCUUAAUUGCAACAACACUUUUCUUGGAGAGAAGUCGAACAAAGCAAAAUUGGUGGAUUCAUAUUUUGUCUACCAUUUUACCCUUGAAAAUGACCUUACCUCUUCCGUUGUCUGAUGCGUUCCUCGCCAUCAAUUAGGCCCCUGAAGAUAUUCGGAAACAGACUAACCAAAACGAUAUUACAGACAAAUAAAAGGGAGACUGAAAUGGCCACUUCCGGCUUAGUAGUCGUCGCCAGCCAGUCGAAAAACGGUCGGUGAGCGUCCCUCUACUCAGAUUGGCCUGUUCAGUAACUCGCAUCCAGUUGGAACUGACAACAUCUCUACCUGCCUUAGUAGACAGUCAAAAGAUCUUUUUCCUCUGCUGAACGAAUCGUUUCUACUCGUUUUCGGGAAUGGCUUCUUUCCUGGUUACUAGUAAACUUCUAGUAAUACUCCAGUGUUCAAAUCUGGCUCUUGUUGUGAUAUUCAAAAUUCACGGGCUGUUCAUAAAACGCCCUCUAUUUAAAUUGUUUGAAAAAAUUAUUCUCAUCAAAAUUAUUGAUUUUUGCGUUGCCAAUGCAGUUCUUGAGUCGGUUUAUUAAGGGAAUAAGACUUUCGCCUUGAUCCACAAAUAGCAACACGAUCAAUUUUUACACCAGCAAUUCUGUAAAUUCAAAGGUCAUUGGCAUUUGUAAGUCACAUUCAAACUAUCGUCGCUGCCACAAUCGUGGUUAUUUGCGUAUUUACUUCUCAGCAAAUGAGCAUCAAGUUUCGAUAAUAUGUUUUCACAGUUUCUGGAAGGAUAACUGCACCAGGGAGUUAGUUCGAUGCCCCGACGACCCGUCGCAAGAGGGCUUACAGUCGGACGUCAGUACGGGCAAAUUUCGUCUGUAGACGGUCCGUCCCAGCAUGGCUUUUCGUCCGAUCGCUCUUGUAAAACAUGUCAUAUGUCUUUUCUGCAUCUGCCCACUUCUCUGCGCAGAGAUCAUUUAUGCGUGGUCGUGGUCCAUACUGAUCUUAGUAAUGUCUCUGAGAAAGUGUCACAUAAACUACUUUUCGUUAAAUUGGGGCUAUAAGUGCUCGCCAUUCCCUCAUCAAGUUUAUUAAGUCAUACAUUUCCAGUAGAAAAUCAAAGGUACAAGAGGGGUCUUUUGUAAAUGAGAGCCCUCUUGUUAGCGGUACCCUCCAAGGUACAGUGUUAAGUCCUCCUUUUUGCAUUGCAUAAGUCGCAUUUCAUCAACAGUUAAGCGCACUCUGUGUUUUUAUAUGUUCAUGACCUCAAAUAGCCAAAAUCUUUCCCUAUAUCCACGCCUCAACAUUGCUUGGAGCAACUCCAAACUGACUUGCUUGUUCUUCCCGCACGGGGCUCAAUGCGACUGGUGGAAUUCUCCAAUGCGCAAUGCUGCCAAAUGUGCAUAUUUGAUCUGAAAGGCUACCACAGAAAGUGAUCCUGCAGGACACCCCUACGGCUGAGUGCUCCUUCAUCAAGGACUCAGGUCUUAUCUGCACCGGUAAUCAAGACAACAUAACCGACAAAGAGAUGGGAGACUGGAAUGACCAUUUCUGGCUAAAAGGCCGUCGUCAGCCAGUCAUAUCAAACCCCGAAGUGUGGAACACCUGGGGCUUGAUCGCGUGACCUGUUAUAAAUAGAGAUAAUUUUAGUAAAGGACCCUUGCGGGUCCCAUCACAGAAGUCCAAUGUCGGAAGCCACCGAGCCACGGGCUCGUUGCCCUGUUGGUUGAGAAUGGGAUUAUACAGUGGUGGGGGACGCCCACUCGAUUAGUCUUUUGUUUUCAUCAUCUUUACCUAGCAGCUUUCUCCAUGACUUUGAAAAAAACCCAUUGGGCAUUUAGGACGCGCUGCCAAAUUACAUUGCCUGCUCGAGUUUCCCCGACCGCGUGUAGUUUCACUUCCCACGAUCUCAUAGAGAAGUUUCGGCUUUCUUCGGUGCAUGCAUUAUAUCCUUUACGAAAAGCGGUGCCCUACUAGAUCAGCCUCCCAGAGAGUUAACAUUGGUCAUGUUGACGAGCAUGCUUAAGACCGCCUACGUUUCGCUCGCUGAUGACCCUCAUCAGGGACCCGUUUUGCUCAUUGCAGUGUCGAAAUCUCCCACCCAUUGGUGGUCUCACCUUGGGGUUUCCGCCACCUGGUAUCUGCAGGCGCAUUAUAAUAACGCCUCGUUCUCCCUUGCCGAUCUGCAGUUUUAACUUAAUUCCUCCCUCAGGAAGCAUCUGCCCAGCUCCAACAUAUCCUUCUUGAGAUCACUCUCCAACUUAAGACUCGACACUCAAUAGAGAUAACCUCAGUUUAUACCAUCAGGAUCGUGCAGAAAAAGGCGGCGGUGUUUGCCUUCCUUACAUCAGAGCCUCACUUGCACAGUCGCCUUAUGACCUAAACAUCUCUUCCUUCCUUCAUUUCGGUAAUCCUUUCGCGAAAUAGGAAAGCCUUAGUCGUAUGUGUGUAUGAUCCUCCUUGUUACUCCGGAAAUGAAGGCCACUCUGUGAACUCUUUUAAGAAAUCGCAGAGACUUCAUUCGAUGUCAAGGUAAUCGUAGGAGAUUUUAAUUUGCCAGAAAUUGCCUGGCACACACAAAUACAUCCUCUGCGAAAUUCCAGAAGCAUCUAGACACCAUUUACCUUUCAAACUUGUCUCAUUUAGCCCACUCUUACUUCAAAAACGAUAGUGUAUCAGGUUUUAAUUUCCCUAAUAGUAUCCUCACCUCUAUCUGUGGGUAUCCGUUGUGACCUUUUUGCAAAUGAUCAUGCAUUAAUUCAUUGUCGCCUUCCAGUUGCCAUAUCCGAGAAGCCAGAAGUUAAACCUAGCUUUUUAAUUACGCUAAUAUUAGUAAGGAACUGAUAAACAACUUUACAAGCAAUCUUGAUUGGCAUAAUAUUUUUUCAAAUAACGAUCUAAAUUUUUCUACAAUUUAUUAUAGUUUGUAACAAAAGGUCUUCGCGACCUUAUUCCGCGGAAGACAAUUAAAUACAGCGCGACUUCCCCGCAAUCCCACAUUUUCCUAAAAAUAGACUUCAAAAGUUACGGUAGCAGCUUAAAUAUCCACUGAUGAGCUCAUUAUCAGUUUACCUAAGAGUCGCUGAAAUAUUUGAAUUUGCUAUGAAAAUUAGGCUCGCGCGAGAUAAGCGUAGAGAAUCGUUGGCUGUUAAUUGCUCGAAUGCCUCUAAAUCAGUUGCCCAGAUCUUCCGUUAAACAUAAUCAGCUAAGUCCCACCGAGUCAUUUCGCCUUUGCUUAGUACCAGCGAUAUCUUAAUUACGGAGGAAUCAGGCAAAGCAGAAAUGUUAACUUCAUUCUUUGUCAAACAUUAAACCAUUGAAACGGAUCCAAUCCCUUCAAUUCCUUCGUUGUCUGAUGCCUCCGUCACCACCACUAAUCUUGUCCCUGCAGAUAUUUAAAAGCUGAUAAACCAGCUAACUAACUCGCCCUCAGUAGGAACCCACGACUUCCCUAACUCUCUCAUAAAACAGCUAAGAGAUAUUCCUCCUCUGAUUAGCAGACUCUUUUCAGUCUUUCUCGAAAAUGGCUUCUUUCCCGACCAUUGGAAAACUUUUACUAUUAUUCCAGUAUUUAAAUCUGGUUGUCGUCCUGAUGUUCAAAAUUAACGAGGUGUCAAUUAAACACCUUCUCUCGCCAAAAUCCCUAAAAAAUCAUCGCCUUGAAAAUUACCGACUUUGGCAUAGCCAAUCAAGUUAUUAGCCCUUCCCAGCUUUGUUUUUUUACUAGAUUGGUCUUGUGAAACGUGUCAUAUAUCGUUUCUCAAUCUACUUACUUCUCUUCGUAAUGAACAUCUAUCUGUUGUCGUUAUUUAUUUUGAUUUUAGUAAAGCUUUAGAUAAAAUGCGACGUAGAAGAUUCUUAGUCAAAUUAGAAGCUCUGGGACCUUGCAGUCCCCUUAUGAACUUAUCAAGUCAUAUCCGUUUAAUAGUAAAGAAAAGUUCUUAGUCGUAUCUUCAUUUUCCAAUGUGAGCUCUAUCGUAAUUGGUCUCCUACAAGGUACCGCUUUAGGCCCUCUUUUGGUCCUGCUUUACAUAAAUGAUAUCUCGUCGGCAGUUAUACAUUUUAAUCAUGUUGUAAUGCUGAUGAUCUCAAAUGUGUAUAUUAAUUCAAUAAAUCGACGACCCUUCAUUGCUUGGAACAAAUCUAUGCUGACUUCUUUGUUUAUUUUAGCGUGGAACUCAAAAUGGCUAAUGGAAUUCUCUCCGUCUGAAUGUCGUUAUAUGUGCCCUGGACCUGAUAGGUCAUCCCAUCCAGUGGUCUUUCAAAGCACACAUAUGACUGAAUGUACCACCAUCAAGGAUUUAGGUUUAAGCUACACAAAUAAUCUUGAUCUCUCGCCACACACGGCCAAAGCUGCCCAGAUAUGUGGCUUUAUUUCUUUCAAUGUAUAUCUUCCUGAAAAUAAAUUAAGACUCUAUCGUUUGUUUGUACUUCCCAUUCUCGAGCAUUGUUGCCCAUCCUUUGGUUUGAUGAACGAGGCUAGUCGUUUAAAAAUUGGAAAUGUUCAGAAAGUUUAGCUAGAAGACACUUAGGUUCGGAACACCCAAAAUUUCCUACUCAGAUAGAUGCCAGAUAAAUAGCCUAAGAUUUUUAUGGAUUCGAAGACUAGAAGCAAGCUUCUGCCUCCUCUUUCGCAUUAAUACUAGUUCAAAUCGUUCUCGGAUUUUAGCUUUUAUCCCUAUUAGUCGCCCAUAACAUCGUCAAAACUCUUCCCUGAUUAUAUCUCCUCCCGCUUCCUCCACCUCUAUGCGUUCUCUUCUUUCGAGUCCAGGCAUACUUUCCCUUGGAAUAACCUUCUAAUAAAUAUAAAAUCAUCUGAUAAUCUACAGACUUCUAAGAGAGGAUCGGGCCGUUAUCUGAAUACCGAUUCGAUUAAACUUUUAUUUUCCUUAUCCUUCCCGGACAGUUUUCUCUACGACAUUGAGGUAGGGUCACCGGGAAUUCAGGACGCUGCCAUUACAAUUCUGUAUUCGCGCACAUCUUAUUUUUUGUGUAUAUUUUCCCUUCCUAGGAUCCCUCAUUAGAAAUUUUAUUUUUUAGAUUUUUCAGUUCACGCUUCGUACUCCUCAGAGGAUGCGAUAUCAUUCAUGGCAAAUUCUUCCAAAGAAGUAGCGUGGCUAGGUUGACGUGCACUCUCUGGGUCGCCUCAGUUUCGCUGAUUGCCGACACUCAUCAGAAUUUCACCCUGCCCACGCGAUUUCGAACCCUCGCCACUCAGUCGUAGAUUUUUAGGGUUCUCGGGGUCAUCACCCCACUUCGACCCCAAGUGGUGUCGACGCUUUUGGCGGAACCUCCUGUAUUCGUCAUCUACCGGUAGUUUGGUAACAUCUGCCUUGCCCCUCCUCGGUUUAAUUCUAAGCGGAUUGUGGCCGGUCGCGUCUGGGUUUUUGUUGUCUCACCACCUUGACGUGAAUAGCCUAAGCCUGAAUAUGAAUUCUGCCCUGAUGAUGUCCGUUUCGAACCUUCUACUCAAUACGCACACAGGCCAGUCCUGUCUAAUCCGCAUAAUUACCCCUUCAUGAAAUCCGUUAUAUACUGUCACACGCAGGUCGGUUUUGUUCGCUUUCUCUCCUUUCAUGAAUGACAGUCUUUAUCCUAUAAUGUUUAUCCAAUCAUAUUCAUUUUGCUUAUUUGAUAGUAAAGUUUUUUUCACUGCUCGCUCGUCAUUCUUCGUGACAGACUACUGAUUCAAUAACUGUAAAUUACGUAUUGUAUAGAUUCUGUCUAUCUGUUCUGCAGCUCAUAUGAAAAUUUAUUUUCACUUGUUUCUUACCACCAAGGGUUUUGGAUGAAAAUCAUUUAUUUACUUAUUUUAUUACGAAGUAACUUUUCUCUUAAAAAUUUUCUUGGAAGUGAGGGUUCCCAGACUUUCCCUCCACUCUUAAGUGCAGGGGUUUUUAGCUGUUUUUUCGUGGUUUGAAAUUUCUUAUAAAAUUUCAAGUAUGGAAAUUCUGGAUGCUAUUAGGACAAGCAUCGUAUGUGAGAGGACAAAUCGUCAGCGGAUGUGAAGAACUUUACCUAUUUUGCAUAGCAUAAUUUCCUAAUUCUACCAUACAUCUGGUCGCUUGCUUAGACUAUUAUUCUCUAUACUGUCCGUAUUUUGCCCACUGACUCAAUUCUAACUUACUAAGUACAGUGCCCUCUGAGCGCUUAGAACCAAAAUAUCACUAUUAUUUAUCCCGUCGUAUUUUAAAAAUUGAGUUCUUUAUCUUGUCCCGGCGGACUUCCCUAAAGGCUGCACUUUCGUUGUUUCCGCAAAAAGUUCACUUUGGCCGGUUGGGUAGACCUAGCGUUUUGGGUUUUUGCAGAGGAAAUACGGGAUUGAAAUGACGGAAAUGUAGCUCAAAAUACGCGAAGUGGGGUAAGUGGAGGACGUUUUUUCGUCGGAUUUCACCAGAUAGAGGUGGGUGCGGAUCAUUUUUUUUCAGCUUGGUCUUUUGAUUGAAAUGAACUUUCCAAACGGGGAGAGUUCUCGGAGCGUUACAGUAUGACCCGCGCCCGCUUUAGCCUGUUUUCCCAUAUGACCAUUAUUUCAUUAUUAAAAUCAAGCCUGGACGACAUAUGAUGAAACUGAUGACGAGGCCUGGCGCGGUCUGGGACUUCACAUUUAACAUACUUUUUCUUUCAUGCCGGCCAUAAAAAUGCUGGCAUACGUUUACGCAUAUAUCACUGGUCGCCGUGCUACUGCCUACGGGGGUUUCGGGGCGAGCGUGUCACGCAAACCGAUUGGCGAGUGAUUCCCGAACGUAAUUAAUAUUCCUAUCGCAAGCGACGGGACAUAGGGCCCGAGAACCAAUGAUUCAGAUCUGGACUUAAUGACGUCCAAUAAGCAAAAGACGCGGGUUCGAAUCUCAAUUUGGACAAAUCAGGGUUCGGCUAAAGCUAACUGACGACGACUAAAAAGACAGUAAUGGCAAUCUCGGCCUAACGUUUCUUUCGGUACUCCAUUCCGUAUGUCCAAAAGCUUUGACAACGAAAGGAAAUUCAGAAGAUGACACUGUCGACUGACUCAUGACCUCAGGAUCGACUUAUUAUUGUACUUGGUGAACAUCAGUGUCACGCCUCUCACAUCGCAGCGAAAUGUUAAAUCAUGAUCAACGUUAUCCCUUUUAUGGGCACAGAUGACAUGUCCAAAAAGGCCAAGUAACUAACCAGCGAGAAUAACGCAAACAUUAUGCGGACUGUGCAUUCGAGUAUCAAGACAAGGCUCAAAUGUCGCCUAAAAGUUUUGCUCGCUCAGGGGCAGUAACAAUAACUCCUUAGAUAUAAAAGACCAUGCUGCUUUGAUAACGUUGAUGGUCCUGAAGUUUUCCCUGAACCUGGAAUAAGGGUUGCAAAAGGUGGCUUGGGCGAGUGGUAAUCAGACCUGAGGAAUUAGGCCUAGCUCUUUGGUAGAAGUUUGACUUAAAUGAAUGGACAACGUGGUGUGAAAAGACAGGAAGGGGAGAUGGACGGAGGAGCGCGGUCUGUCCCGUUGAGAAUGAGCGACAUAUUACCGCGGGGAAACAGGAGGAAGUCGGUAUCGCCAUACAAAAAAGAACUUAUAUGAGGGAAACACGGCCAUCCAGCUGUCGUAGACUGCUCUCUAUCAGGCUAAUCUUUUUAUGGAGUUUCGGGUCAUCGAGUAUAUGUUUUAUUCGAGGAAAUCUAAACAGCUUUGCAAAAACAUUGUGAGACUGAAGACAGCAGUUUAAAAUGGAUUAGAAAUACCUCUGCUGUCGAAUUUAUAUGCUAAAGUACUAGUUUGUAUUAGCUCGACGGAACCCAUUUAGGCCUGUUCGAAUCAACUUGGGUAGCGUUCGUAUAUAUUUUUGAAAAGACAUCUUUUGGCACGACCUGCAUCACCUGCUGCACCGACGCCAGUGCGAAAAAACAAGCGGAUUACCGAGGAAAAUCAGCCUGUACUACACUGCGGUCAGUGACCAAUCUUAUGAGAUGCAUUUUAGAUAAGGAGCAGCUGCUGAAGCCGGUUUUUAAACUUUGAUUAUCUUGUAGCCAAAUACCAAAAUAUAUUGGUUGUGACUGGAUGUCUACUUUUAAAUAUGUUCCUUUCCGAUUUUUUUUCGACGCCCUCGUAAACUAAAAUAAACUAUAUGGAGAAUAGGAUCAAAAUAUACUUUCUUACAUUCAUUCAGUGACAAACCCCGUUCUCUUUUAUGUCUUAUAUUCUAAGAGGAAGUUUAUAUUGUUUUUGAAAGCAGAUUUUAACUAAGAGUUUUCAAAGAGUCUGGAGUAUCCAUCCUAAUAGCAUCAUAUCUGUUCUCGAAAACGGACUCCGUUAUAAAAUGGUUCUCAUUUGAAUGUGAGAGCCGUUUUGCAUCUAAUACUGUUCGAUAACCCUACGUCUAAAUCCGCCAGUGCUUCCUUCACACGAGAUCAACUCUAUAUUGGUUGGACUUACAGUCGCUCCUUCAGGACCGUCAAGCAAACUGAUCCAGAAUUUGGCAAAUUUUUGUGCCAUCAGUCACGGACCCAGACUAUCCUAUAAUAGACCAACUGACAGCAACAGAGAUGGUGUGUCCACAUACUGUCAGGUUGCGGUUAGAAGGUUUGAAGAUGUGGUCGCGAUAAAGAUUUUCUAUUUUGAACAGGUUUUAGUUUGGAGUUCAUUCUCGCUGAGGGAGCUCAGUAAUGACGACCAGUCAUAUUUUCCUAGGCGAUCUCAUCGAUGUCCAUUUGCGCACCGAAGUCGACGAGAAAAACCAGGUUCACAGGGCACAAGCGAAGUGAGAUUACGCAACUCAUAUAAUAUGCACCAUACAUUCAUGAUUCGCCAUUCGACUCAUAGACGCAGACGAUCGUCGUUAAAAUGUCUUCAAAAAUUCGGAGCCUUACUGUUAUGACUCUUUCAUUAAUUCAAAGCGAGAGAGUGGCCACGCUCUUAACAUGUCAACCAAGGCAGCAAAAGUGAAUAGACCAUCUUCAAAAUAGGAAAAGAAGUUAUUCCCUUAACCGUUUUUGCUAUGACAACAGGGAACCGAAGGUGGCGGUGUCUGUAUUAUACGGAGUCUAUUCGUGACAAUCACGGUUGCUAUCCAAACUGGUCUCUUGCCAGAAAGACGGCGGAACUUUAGGGUUACCAGUGUAAAUAAGGCAAAUGGCAGUGGGGACAGGAGAAUGAACCCGGCGAUUAUUUCUAUUCCACUAGUUCCGGUCAUGUCUAUCGUGUCCAGCGACCCGUGUCAUUUGUAUGGACCGUGCGAACCACCGUUUGUCUCAGAAAAAUCAAACAACUUGUGCGCUUUCUUAUAAUAUACUAAAUAAAUAAGAGAGUUCGAACGGAACUGACGAAGUAAUGCCGAGGUCUUCCGAUUUCGUCUCAUUCUUCCUCUCAAAGGGCGUCCCUAUGAAAUCUGCAGACGGCAUGCGUUUAUAGGAGUCAGGAGGAUGUCAUAAAGCCCAGGAAAGCAUUCGAUGGGCAGAUAUUCACUAAACUUGUGUAUGUGUCUAAAGACUCAUCACAGUUUUAUUUCAAAGUAGAAAUAGAAUUAGCUCAGUAAGAAGCCCGUCAGCUAACAUGAACAACUUUUAUAUAUCUCCACUGGCUAGCAGGACUCACACAAAGUAUUGUCGAAUCCCUUCUUCAUUAGUGGUCAUUGCUAUUUCCUGAAAUUUUUGUCCAGAAUCUUAAAUUUUUUGAUUCGCUUUUAUUCGCAUUCCCAACAAGCCUAUGUUAUUAUAUUGGCAAUCCGACUUUCUCUCGUUUGCCUUAUUGCUGCUUAACCAUCUACUAGAUGUGGUGCGCAGUUCUGCAGCUGCUAACUUCUUCAAUCUGCACUCCCCCUGUAACCUUUUGAUAAGAAUAACACGCCACUUUUUUAGAGUUAUGUGUGACACAUAGUUCUGCUUGCUGCUCAGUCUCUAGGCCUCCCCAUCUUUACAUUCCAUGUGAGAGAUAAAGUACAUAGUCUGACUUCAGUAAUCCUGCAGAUACUUGAGGAAAGGUAUGCUGUUAUUGAGGACGCUACAAACGCUGACUUUAGGACGAGGUCUAGAAUAAUAAGGACGGAGAUCGACCCCGGACAAAAAUAAGAAUACGCCUUGAUCCCAAAACAUCGAUAAACGUAGUUUAUUUACUCAUGUUUAUUCAUUACCGCAGUCUGGUGAAACCAGUCCAUAUAUUCUUACUUGAAAAGAAAAAAAUUAAAUGGAGACUUGUGUAUUUUCAAUGGUUUGUUGGAUAUGGGAAAGCUUGUCCCUUCACGAAUGCUAUAGUUCUUUUGCUCUUCUAUUUUUAAAGCAUUAUUUUGUGUUGCGGGCAGUCGCGCCGCAAUUGAAGUCCUUCGUAUUUCGGCUCCCGGUAAAUAACACUCGACGAGAACGUAAUCUUUAGAAGGCAUUCCGGAGUCCGGAGAAAAGCCGAUCAGUCGUAUCUUGUCGCCUACAUAAACGAUUUCCCGAAAUGGGGAAGAUUUAUCGGCGGGAUCAUGUUGUUUAUUGCGAAAUAAAGUAUUUGUGGUUUUAUGCAUACAUUACAAUGUUUUUUCACUUUAGAAAAAUAAUUACGGUUACCGUAGAGCUGCAAGAUCCAUCAAACUCUCAAGUCGAAAAAGUAUAUUAUGUCAUUUAUAUACAUGUUCCUUGAAGUCCCUGGAUAUAAGCUUGACGGACUGCCAUGAUUUAUAUUUUCUGUUUACUGCGAAAAUUUUCUCAUCAGAUUACCAGAAGUAUUUAUAAAUCUAUUUCACCCAAGUAAUUAGAUUAAAAGAACAGCAAGGCCUACUAGUCGAAUAUAGUGCAUUUGCCCAAAUGCUAGUCGACCUUCUUACUAAAUGCUCUAAGGAAGAGGGGUCAGGCUCGCCAAGGUUUGCGCAUAGUUUCUUUCGAAUUUCGCAGAUAUAUCUUGCAAUUCUCCGAGUCUUCACCACACAUUCUCCGGAUAACAGAGACAACUGAUUUUCGACACCUCACACACUUGGCGGUCGAACUUACUGCUGCUAGCGACGAAGCCCUCAAAGCUUAUUUGGUCUCAGUCAUAAAACGAAAUAAAGUAGUUCUCCGAUAAUGCAGCUUUACUUUCAGGCUGAAUAUGAGCGUCAAAUAGAGGACUUGAGGAACUCGGAGGGCAGGUUAAACGUGAAUCUCUCUAACUCCGAAAGGGUAUUGUUUUCGCAUUUUUGAUAUCUUAGAUGAUUAACGAUAUAUCGAAACAAUUAGAAGAUGUGUCCCUCACUAAGGAAACGGAUAUUGCUGCUCUCAAGAAGAACCACGCUGCUGAGGUUGAACAAUUAAAGGAAUCACACGAGUCGGUCAGUGCGGAUUUUUUUAUAACAAUGCUUUGCAAAUAGAUGCUUCUUUCUGUCCAGACUAAGUUUGCCCUAGAGCGCAAGGCUGCUGAAGAGGCAACAGAAGCAAUGAAAAUCGCAAUGCAGACAACGAUUAAUUCACAACACUCGGAACUCGAAGUCUGUUUUGAGGUUCAUAAAUGCUGAUUUUACAGGAGUUAAACGGCCGUUUACUGGAGCUGAAUUCCAAAGUAUCCGUACUUAACUCUUCUAUUUCUGAAAAGGAGGCUGCUUUGGCUACUCUUAGAAAAGAGAAUGAUGGUCAGUAUUAGCAUCUUUGUUGAAUUUUUGCAGUGCUGAAAGACGAGGUUACGUCCGAAAGGAAUAGAAAAGAGCAUUUGGAUGCUAACAAUUUAAGGCUGAGUCAGAAAAUAUGCGAUCUAGAAACCGACCUAACUGCUGAACGUAAGAAGAACAGUCUAAUCGAUGCUGAGCUAAUUCAUCAAAGGGAAAAAGUGGUAAGUACAUGCGGUUUUUCCUUUGUUAUUGCAUGGUUGGCUUCAGAAGAUUAGUUGCUAAUCACAACUGCUAUCAUAAGGCACAACAAUCGAAGUCAGUGAAACAUUCUAUUCCAUCACUGUCUGAUCACCUUUGUUUCCCUUUGAAACCUUUUCUAGUACCUAAGUCGCACUGCCUAAGGAUAUCGUAUUUUUGUUGUGCCACAGCUGCCGACGUUUAUUGCGUUUGGGAUGUCGGAGCUCUUAGCAUAUCCGUUUCGAGUUGUAGUACGAACAUCCUUCUCAAGAAUACUUAUUUGUUUUAUGAUCAUGUUUGAUCUUGUUGGCCUCGAUGAUUUUGCGUACGAUGCCUUCUGCAUGCGUAAUGAUCUGCGUCAUUGAAUCUGAAGAACUCGAUUAAGUUUCUUCUCCGACAAUGGAGACUGGAUAACAAACGGCCUGGAACCACCUUUUGUCCUAAAUAACCAUGUAGGCUCAGGUUUUGAGUUGACCAUCUCUUCGUCGUUUCUAGAGAAUAAUGACUACGACCAAGAACAGUCGUGCUGAAUUCAUGGUGCUGACGAGGAGGAACGUAUUUGAACCACCUCAGUCUUCUUGGGUGUUCCGAGAUAUACUCGCGACAUAAUGAGUGCGAACCGUGUCAUUCGAGACGCUGCUGGUAUAUUUCACCGAAGGUAGGAUUGUCAGACAACGCUGGUCAGUAAACUCCGUUUUUCUCUCAUCUUCCAAUAACGCGACUCAGAAUCCACAAGACUGUCCGGAUAGGUCCCUUGUACAUGACGAUCUUUGCGGUGGCUGGAUGUCGUGACGCAUCUGUAGACUUUCUACGAUAGCAUCGAUUGCUGCUGCCGCUGCGACGAUUUCGUCUUUAUUCCUUCCUUUUGACAACGACUUUGUCCCGAGGUAUUGGAAGCUACACCUCUCCGAGCUGACAGUCAUUAGUUCUGAGCGAUGCAUUCUUCAGGUCAGAGAUGAAAAUACAAAUGCUCUAGCCGUCCCAGAGUAGGUGGAAGAACAUACAGCCUAUAAGUCAUCAUAGUUUAAAGUUAGUAGGGCGACUCAUUAGCCUAGUCGAAAUCAGCCAGCCGGCGCUUGUAUGCAAAUCCAACACAGUCAUAAUCGCGUAGGACCCAUAUAUUAAUGUAGUACAUGACUUAGUUAGGCGGUAUGUGCGUCAAAAUAUAGUCAAAACGAACGCCAAACUGAUUAUUAAGCAUUUGGGAGAUUCCAAGCUGAGGGUUGGCUUAGGGACGAAGAUGUCUCAAAGUGCACGCCUUCUAUGGAGACUUAAGUCGCCCGUGAAUUUACGAAGUCAGAAAGCCUAAAGACUGCGAGCGUCUAUAUACACCUAAAUACACCGACGUAUAGAAACCCAACAAAAACUAGAAAUCGGUUAUAUUGUAUGACGUCUCGUGUAAUAAUAACAAUAAGAUGGGUGCGGACGGCGUGGACGAAUUUAUGGAUGAUUGGAGGCUUUCAUAAGAACAUGGUAGAGUGCCGACUCAAUUCCGGCAGAAGUCUGCAAGUACGCUGGAUGGCUCGCUGUUUCUGGAGAUGUGGAGAAUCGGACGUAUCACACAAGACUGCAAGGACACCACCACUGUCGAUACCGACCAAGUGACGAUAGCACCAACAAGAUCCGGUGUUGACAAUUAGAGAAGAUAUUGAUGCCGUCUCCCUGGGCAUAUAAUUGACAGUAGAGGAAGAAGACGACUAGGUGGCUUUCCUUGAUGCCAUCGUCUGUCGCAGAGGUUGGAGCGGCCCGAAUACCAGGGUAUUCAAAAAGGCAACAAAUACGACGAAAGUAUUGAGUUUCAACAACAACCACCAAAUCAGCCACAAACGCAUUUGCGCUCUAUCAGCGCGUUAAGACGCACUGCAGUGACUUGGAAGUCGAACCUGCCGAAUCUCAAUAACAUUGACGGCUGAUCAGAACGAAUGGCUGCUCGCACAACCGCUUUUAUCAGUAUUUACAAAGAUAAGAGCCAAAAAUGCACUAGACUCACAUUUUGGUGAGCACUCCUGUGCGUCAAGAGUGUCUUGGAGGCCGUCAGUCAUCAUAACACCAAGUUGGGGCUGCACACAGACUGGAGGAAAAUAUCGAACAUCGAAUGGGAAGGCCGUAAGAUCCGCUGCCACGGUAAGAAACGUCUAUGUCAUUGGCUGAAUCUGUUGUCAAACUGCUUGAGUUAGGGUUCUCCGAACCACAGUCCACCAACAGGCCCUCUCCCUUUUCAGCCCUAAGAUUUUGUCCGACUGGGUGUAGUAUGUCACGCGGAGAGAACGCGGGUGAACACUACUUCUAGUGAAAGUGUUGGCGAGUCAAGCUGCCGGGUAAGUAUCAUGCCAAUCGCCAACACCGGCAAUAGGAUCUUGGCGGUACGUCGAACAAGUCACAAUUGCACCAAAUAUAACCAUUGGCGGUGAAUGCAACGGCUGUAAUUUUAAAAAGGUGUGGUCGCAUAGCUACUGCAUCCUCUAAAUGCCGCAACUCCUUAGGCGUUCAGCAACCUUACCUGCUGCUGUUUCUGAUGAUGGUUCGAGCGAGAAUCCGCAACGUUCGGCACAUAAAAUUCUUGAUUUGGCAAUCAAGUCUCCUCAAUGGUUUUAUGUAGUUUGGAUCUCCGCUUGAAUUUGGCAGACACGUUGGUGGAUUUUGCGAAGUAAGUAACAGUGGACCCCUUAGCUAGACGACCGGAGCGCCAGCCAAGAAUAGCCAGUCACGCCGCUGCAUUUUUGCUCGCUUUGGAAUCUAUAUUGACGUUCAUGUUAUUCUCUUUGUGAUAACACAUCAGGCUGGCUGGCUCUUGUUUCCGUCGCAAAUUAAGUCGAGCACCCGCCAGUGGUACUGACCUGACUAAUGCCCGGAUUUUCGUCUUCGUACUCACCAGACUAUCUUUAUCGAAAUGUGCACCCACUCAUUUUUUAACUCGAAUCUAGCGCGUAACCCUUGAAGAUUCUCAAAGAAAAGGCAAGCAUUUGGAGAAGACGGAAAAGUUACUUAAACAGCAAACAGCCGAGAUCGCCAAAGCCAAUUCCAUCAUCAAGCAACUACAAAGGGAGCUAAAAAACAGCCAGACCAAGGUAACGUCCCCCGACUUUACUUGUAGGGGCGUUUUUAUACAUUUCAGUAAACAAUGCAGUAGAGCUCCCCCGAUACCUUGGCCAAAUCUAUCUCAGAUUUAAAACAGCAUGUUCGACUUAUCCCUCAGUGAACCAGUUUCAAUUUCCAAAAACUUGCUCUCGGGUGCCGUGAUUAUGAUAUGUUGCCACCCAAUCCUGAUAACGUCACAGUUGCCCAGGGCCAGCCCAUACGGUUAGUCUGUGACUAGUUGUGAUUGGUUGACCCCUGUCAGUAGUCUGUGCAGGCACAAUCCCCCCCCCCCGGCGAUCCCUUCGCGUGAUUAGUGUCCGUGGUCUCAGAGGCCACAUUGACGCAUGCAGACCGUGCCCAGUCAGCCAGUCUGAUCGUUAGCCGCACACAAGCCUGCAAAUUUGAGCUACUAGUGCAAGGCUAGACAAGGACUGGUAGAACGUUAUCAGAGAAGUUGGAAAUUGGUGAUACUCGGAAACUCGUGCAGACACUCUCUCUGUUGUCGCUUUCUCUUCUGUCUGAUAGGCAAAACUCCGUGGUCAAGUGGCGACAGAGCAGGAGAAGGUACUGACGAGCAAAGAGCUCGAACUGGAAGAUCUUCAGCAGAAAAUGGAACAACUGAAGACGCAGGUGAGCGCGGAGAAACGUCAGCGUGAGGAAGGCCAGGCUAAACUCCUACAAGUCGAGUCUGCACUGGAAGAGGCCCAGAAGACAAUCAAAUCCAAUGAGAACAGUAAGUUGUGACACCGAGUGCGUGUAUGUAUUGUGAUUCCUCCAUUCUAACAAUGGUAUUUGGUAGAUAAUCCUCGUGGCAUUCGCAGAUUGGGCUACGAGCAACAGAUGCUCCUGCUUACUCACUAAAAUGUUAGAAACGGGUUGCUGGGCCGGGAUAUAAGUGCCACGGCCCAGAAAACGGCCCCAAUAUGGCUUAUGUACUAGAUCAGUAGUCCGAAGAUAUGUGGACUGCAUCCUGUCCUUUUCCAUCCAUGCGACACGCAUCACGCAUCCACAAGAAAUAUAUGUGCAAGUCAUACAAGCAACAUAUAUUUUUACACUAAUUGCACAAUUCAGAGGGGAAAGGUAUGAGCUGAUGUUCCUCCUCACAUGCCGCCGUACCGGUUUCCAAACCAUUCCGUAUUCUAACUUUCCUCUGCCUUCAACAACCCUCAACCCACAGUUAUCAACUGGUUGAACCGCCAAAUCUCAGAAUCCUACUCCACCAGCCUGCAUAAUCGUCUCAAAUCGUCGGGUAUUCCAGUUCCCGGUGCUAAUGACGGUUUCUUCGAUCUGACCAAGCCCAGGGUGCCUUUCGACGGUGGCGCUAAUAGCGUACCUGCACUGAAACCGACCUUUACGGCCGCACCCUUCCCUCCUCUCUCCGGUAGCAUUACUGUUGGUUAACUUUUUCAGCCAUUAUAUCACCACGAACUGCUUGCUGUGUAUCCGGCGUAGAAUAUAAGGUAGAAAGCGGGAAUUUUAAGAGAAGUGCAUCUCAUGUCCAUAAUGCGCUGCAUACCAUACAACCCACUGUUCGACGAGUCGUCAACUUCACCCCACCGGUUAAGAAAGUAGGAAAUUGAAUAGGGAUUGGUUCGACAUAGCUCAUAGCUGCGGCUACGCGUUUUCUUAAAUCGACAUUAUUUCUGCUAACUUUCGUUCUCCAUUUGUACUGUGAUCCCGCUGGUGUCGCCUCCCCUUCCCCAUGUUAGGCAUUUCACAAAAAAUCACUUCGUUUAAUUAUGGUUCCUUAUCAGGCCCUUAUUUAGAGCAUUCACGUACGUACUCAUAUUUCUAAGGGGCAAGUCCUUAUUAGUCUGUUUUAAUUGUUACACAUCUCACAUUAAGACUGGAACGUUAAGAUUGGAACGCUUUAUUUCCCUACACAAAUUUGAGUCAGGUUCACACACACCGGACUCUUUUCCUACCCCUCCAUUUUUACAUACAGGAUUUUCCACCUUAGUGGGCUGCGACCGAAAAAUCUCAAAUGAGCUCCAAGUAAAUCUUUUCUUAGUGGUUUUAUCCCUGUUUAUAGGAGUAUAUGUUCUACCAUUUACUUCCUUGACCUCGCUAAUCCCACCAGUGACUUCCCUUACGGCUCUGACGAGCACUGCUGGUGAGGGUCUGUUAUCGGCUGGUAAGGGACAAACGACAAAUUGUCGAUCCCCAUCGGUGCCUUCUUGUUCCUCAGGAUCCGCAGCACCGCAGACCAAUGCUGGGCUCGUGCUAGUGGCUGCCGGCGAGAGCUCCCUUUCUCGGCCACCGGUUCUCUUGUCAACUACCGACAAGUCUCAGGUAAGUGCCGGACGCACAUAUUGCUACUUAUUAUAUUUUAAGUAGAAACAAAUGAAGUCGUUAAUUGCGGGACUUUGGGGGUGCGUACCUGUGGUCCACUUGCGGGGGCUAAGCAAUUGCAUUUAACGUUUUUUUUCGAUGGAGCCUCCUCCGGCCUACUUCCUCUCAUGAGCUCCUUUUUUAAUUUGUGCUUUUUACAAGGCCUCUGCUGCUCACACCACCACUUCCCCGAGAGAGUUCUCAACCGCUGCUCCUGAUGCUCGCAAGCCGUCCAGUCGACCUUCGCAGGGAGCGACUUCGGAUUUCAAGUUUGUGUCCUCCUACCCGCUUCCUCCAAAGCCAAGGACAUUAGGCUACGGAGGUACGAGUUACUCAGCCUGGGCACGUUUCUAUUUCAGAAAUCGUUUUUUGUUUCGUUAAAGUUCCCUCUGAAGGAUUGACUUUAUGGACAUAGAGUAUGGACCAGAACUCCCCAAAACUGUUCUGUGUACUUAAAUAUACUAGUCAGUGGGGAACUAAUACGCAGGAAGGGCUGUAAUAUUAUGAGACGGAAACAUAAUGUUUUGUUUCUUUCAUAAAUCACGAGGUACAAGUGUUGAGUUCACUAUCUCGAUAACCCAAGUAGAGCACAUUUCCAAGUAAUUUUCAUUGCAUCCAUCGAUUUUUGACCCUCAUGCAUUUUAGAUAUUUGUCCCUUAAAAGAUUAGGGAGAAGAACAUUUCUCAGGCAGUUUCCUAUGGGCUUCCGCUUUCUCGAAAUCCAGCAUUUUUCAACAAGUUGCUUAAUUUGUCCAUUUUUAAAGCAUGGCCUCCGUGUUCCCUGAAAACGGUAUCUUAUCACCUUCGUAGUGCAUUUGGGAGACAGACGUCAUGCCGAAGGGUUAUCGAAUAUUAAACCACGUAUAUUUGAGAGGACGCUUCAAAUCCGCAAACCAGUUUUUCAAAUCAAGUUAUUUUACGCACGGAACAUAACAAGACAACGUAAUUUUCUAUGAAACCAGUAGAGUAGGCACCUGUCAGGCUGCGCAAGUUUCAAAGCUGCACGAGUCUUCUCUUUUCCCUUAAUCUGUUCUAAAAAUGCUCUAGUUAUUUAAGGUGAGUACCAUUGAUUUAUUCUCCAUGAAAGAGAACUGACACCAAAGAAACACGGCAAAGGACUAGGGGAAAUACGCUUUUGCUUGUCUGUGAUUUUCUGCGAGCGAUAUCUGCAAAAGCUUCUGGAGGCGGUUUUCAAUAAAAGGCCGACACGCCGUUUGGAGAUUAUUUUCUACGCUUAUAAUUUUUGUGAGCCGGUCAGGCAAUUUUAAAUAUUUAGAGGAAUACCUAAAAUCUUGACUGUUUCAGCCACCUUUCGCUCACUGUAUGUUCGGAGCCUAAUUGUCUUUUCUCAUCCCCUACUCAGAUUUGCCCGGUUUCGAUAGACGCGCAGCGUCGGGUCUUGAAAGCCAGUCAGUGUCUUGUGAUGAGAAACAACACCAGUCAUUAACCUCCUCAUUCUUCCCCCAGACCAACACGGCUAGGUGA